CGUGCGCGAGCGCCGCAGCCUGCGACUUCGCGCUCAGUCAUUGUCCGACCAAAAACUUGGUCGUACGUCCAACCGCCGAUCGGCCGUCGCUACUUCGUUUGUCGAGUGCCCGUUUUCCGAACGGUUUGCUCCGAUCCCUGGAGGGUGCGUGCAGUGAAGUGAUGGUGUGUUUUUAGCUGUACAGCAAACAGUGUAUCGCUACAAAGUACCACAGUCUGGUGUGUUGCGAGUUCUACGGAGUUGUCAAACGGCUGUUCGCCUGCCGGCGAGGGAAGGCGGAUCGCUUCAACCGGGAGGAAUGAGCCCCGCACACCAUAGUCCCUACACUCACCGAUGAUCUCAAGAGACCAUGUAUAUAGACACCUUACCUCUAGUGGUUUGGACGCUUUUAGCCACAACGACACAUGUAGCGACAGAAGGCCAAUAUGGAAUAGGUUUAGGAAUAAAACGAGAAGUAUUUUUCUUAAAUUUAGAAGACGGCUAUUUUGGCUGUCAAGUAAACGAAUCAACACAAAUAUUACAAUUAUAUGAAUUAUCGAAAUUAUGCGACGGUGUGCCAGAUUGCUAUAAAGCUUCCGACGAACUUAGGUCGGAGCUGAAAUGCACAGACGAUUGUACCAAAGAAGAUGGCGCGCAGUGUAUAAAUGGAGCUUGCCUGAACGGUGUGUGCCAUUGUAAUGACGGUUUCGGAGGAUGCAAUUGCCAAGAAGCCGAUGUAAACGAAUGCAAGGAACGGCCAUGUGAUGUUUUUGCUCACUGUACAAAUACGGUGGGUAGUUUCCAAUGUUCCUGUUUCCCAGGCUACGAAGGAGAUGGUUUUACUUGCAGAGAUAUAAACGAAUGUGAAGACCCAGCAGUGGCAUCACGAUGUGUAGCAAACGCUGAGUGUUGCAAUUUGCCUGCUCAUUUCAUCUGCAAAUGCAAUCGUGGAUUCGAAGGAGAUGGUGAGGAAGAGUGCCGAGAUAUCGACGAAUGUCGACGACCUGGCGCUUGUGGAAUCAACGCUAUCUGUCAAAAUUAUCCGGGCAAUUACACGUGCGCCUGUCUAGCUGGUUACACUGGAAGUCCAUUCGAUGGUUGUGUGGACGUGGAUGAGUGCGCAAGCGGGUCGGCAUGCGGCGCAGGUGCGACGUGCAGAAACGUGGAAGGCGGGUUCGAGUGCAGUUGUCCCCCCGGCAGCGAGGGUGACCCGCGCGUCGCCUGCCAGGAGCUGGACGCGUGCGCGCGCGCCCAGUGCGGUCGCGGAGCUCUCUGCCAAAAUCUACCCGGCGCUUACCGCUGCGUCUGCCCGCCUGGUUUCCAAGGCAACCCAGACGUAGGAUGUACUGACGUGGAUGAAUGUAAGAGUAGCAAGAAGGUGUGCGGCGACCACGCCGUGUGUACCAACACGGUGGGCAGUUACGUAUGCGCGUGCGAACCGGAGUACACAGGCGAUGCGCGCGCGCCACACGGCUGCCGCGACGUCGACGAAUGCGAAGGGCUGGAACGCCCCUGUGGCACGCACGCCGUCUGCGAAAAUGCUGCGCCCGGAUACAACUGCAUCUGUCCUCAAGGAUACAGAGCCAAACCUGACCCACAAGUCGCCUGUGAACAGAUUGACGUCAAUACUCUGUGUAAAUCUAAUUUUGACUGUACAAAUAACGCUGAAUGUAUAGAAGAUCAGUGUUUCUGUAAAGAGGGAUUCGAUGCAAAAGGAUCUGUUUGUGCUGAUAUUGAUGAAUGUGCUACAAAAACAUCGACUUGUGGAGAAAAUGCUAUGUGUAUUAAUACGCUGGGGUCUUAUGAAUGUGAGUGCGCUACAGGAUUCGUAGGGUCACCUCCGACAGUAAAAUGUCGCGCUCCCUGCGAUGAUGUAAAAUGCGGAGAUCAUGCCUACUGCAAACCAGAUGGCGCUGAAGCUUUCUGUGUAUGUGACGAUGGUUGGACUUUCGACCCUACAGACAUAGCAGCCGGUUGUAUCGAUAUUAAUGAAUGUGACACCUCUGUUGGACCAGUCGGCCGCUGUGGUAUAAAUGCGAGAUGCUCAAACACAUUGGGUAGCUUCAUGUGCCAGUGUCCAGAAGGUUAUACGGGAAAUGCAUAUAAACAGUGCAUAGAUAUCGAUGAAUGCCAAACUGACGGAGCAUGCGGUGUUGGCGCAGAAUGUAUUAACCGAGAUGGUUCAUACAGCUGUGAAUGUGCUGAAGGCACAGUGCCCGAUCCGGAUCCACGAGUACGAUGUGCUGAAAUCCUUUUAUGUAAAAAUAAUGAUGAAUGCCCCGGUAAUGCUAUAUGCGAUCAAAACUCAAGAUGUUUGUGUCCAGAUCCCAAUGUUGGCAAUGAAUGCAGGCAUCCUUGCGAAACUUUACAAUGCGGUAGCAACUCCGAAUGCCUAUUGACAGACCAAACGGCUCAGUGCACGUGCCGAAGUGGUUUCACUGGAAAUCCGUCAUCUCUCGGAGGUUGUCAAGAUAUAAAUGAAUGUCCUUCUAAUCCAUGUGGCACUGGAGCUGUGUGUAAAAAUUUUCCUGGAAACUUCCAAUGCGAAUGUCCUGGCAGUUUCCACGGGGACCCUUAUAUUGAUGGAUGCGUGCCAGGCAAAGUGCCAAGUGAAUGCAGUGACACUAAUCCUUGUCCUCUCGGCGAACAAUGUAUAUCACACGACGCAGAAAAUGUCUGCAUUUGCUCUCAAGGGUACAUUCGUAGCAAAGAAACGGGUUUGUGUGAAGACAUCAACGAAUGCACUCAACAUGGACACUCCCCGUGUGGUCUAAAUGCAAUCUGUAAAAACCUACCGGGAAGUUACGAGUGCAAAUGCCCCUCGGAAUAUAGUGGCAACCCUUAUAACCUAUGUGAAAUGUGCAAUGAUAUUAACUGCCAAUGCCAGCCACCAUACAAAGUUGUAAAUGGCCAUUGCGUUCUAUCAGGGUGCUCAAAAGAUAAAAAAUGCGGGAAGGGUGCUGAGUGCAUAGUUAUUUUAGACGGAGUAAGUUACUGUGCUUGCCCUGCCGGACUUUCUCAAACUCUCGAUGGUUCAUGCGAAGAUAUAAACGAAUGCACUGCUGGUCAGCCUGUGUGCGGAAUCGGCGCGGAAUGUAUGAAUACAGUGGGUUCUUUUAUUUGUAAAUGUCCUCCAGGUUAUGGUCAAGACAUCACUACUGGGCAUUGUAGCAUAAAUCAAAAACGUUGUAUUAGCGAUUCUGAUUGCUUUUCUAAUGAAAAAUGUAUUGAACCUGGGAAAUGUGUUUGCCCACCGCCAUUUUAUCUAGACGUAACUGACGGUCAAAAGUGCAAAAGUCCAUGCGAGAGGUUUACUUGUGGAAUUAAUGCAAAGUGUACGCCCAGUGACCCACCUAGGUGUAUGUGUAUGGCGGGAUUCGAGGGAGAUCCAUAUACAGGUUGCACUAACAGAAAUGAAUGUCAUAGCGCUCCCUGUGCCUAUGGUGCGAUAUGUCACGACAAAAAGGGUGGUUUUCAAUGCGAAUGCCCUCAAAAUAUGAUUGGAGAUCCUUAUAAAACUGGAUGUAGCGUCGAGGAAGAGCCGACACAAAAACAACUUUGUAGCUCAGACAAUGAAUGUUCGAACACGCUAUCAUGCUUGAACCGCACUUGCCUAUCACCUUGCGGCAGCGUUUCUUGUGGGCAUAAUGCGUUUUGUGAAGUCGAUAAUCACGCAGCAUGGUGUCGCUGCAAUCCCGGAUACACUAAACCAGAAGGUGGAAAGUGCAUAUCCGGUUGCGAUUCGUUCUUAUGCGCUUCUCGUGCACAAUGUAUUAUAUCAAAGUCAGGGCCAACAUGUGUGUGCCCUGAGGGCAUGGUAGGAAAUCCAUUCCCGGGGGGCUCUUGCAGAAGAGACGUGUGCGGGCCGGGCGCGCCGUGUGAGGAGCCCAUGUCUUGCGUGGCGGGGCGUUGUCGCCAGCGAUGUGAAGGCGUAGUAUGUGGAGUAGGCGCCUCGUGCAAUGAACAUAGUGGAAAAUGCGUUUGUAAUGAUUUCUUUGUCGGAAACCCUGAUUUGCUAUGCAUGCCACCUAUUUCACCACCAACGUGCGAACCAGGAUGUGGGGAUAAUGCACAUUGCGUUUACGGACUUUCAAACGCUUGUAAGUGUAACAAAGAUUAUACUGGAAAUCCGUAUUUCAAAUGCCUUCCUCGGAGACAUAUAACUUGUGCUAAAGCAUCUUGUGGUCGGAACGCUGUUUGUCAACAAACACGAUCACAUGUCGAGUGCCUCUGUCCACCAGGUUAUAUUGGAAAUCCAAAUCUACAAUGCAUUGAUAUAGAUGAAUGUAGCUCUAAACCAUGUGCUGAGAAUGCAAUUUGCAUCAAUACUCCAGGAAGUUUCAGUUGUAUUUGCAAAAGCCACUAUGUGGGUAAUCCGUACGAACUUUGUUCGCAUGUAUCCAUUUCUAAGUGUACCGAAGGCAACAGUUGCACUUGUACUCAUAAUGCUACAUGCCCAGAUGGAUACAUAUGUGAAAGAUCCAGAUGUGUCGAUGCUUGUCGCAAAAUGUCUUGUGGUCCGAAAUCAAUAUGUGAAGAAGGCAUUUGCCAUUGUCUACCCGGAUAUACAGGAAAUCCCAACAACUUGCAACAUGGGUGUGUUCCCGAUAAUAAGUGCAUGACAGAUGGUGAUUGCAAAGACACUGAAAUAUGCUUUCAGGUAGCAAAAAAUGUAAGAAAAUGCGUGGAUUCUUGCAGUAAGUUGCAAUGUGGACCUAAUUCAUUGUGUGUUAGCUCCAAUCAUCAAGCUCAUUGUUUAUGUGCUGAAGGGUACGUGGGCAAAGCAAAUGACGUUCAAUCUGGUUGCUAUUUAGAGCAUGGCGAACCAAAUGUAAUUGAAUGCAAUGGACACAGCGACUGCACAGAGCCGCAACUUUGCAUGGCAGUGGAUGGGUCUACGAAUAGGUGUAUAGAUUUAUGUUCAACUAUAGCUUGCAGCGCUAACGAAGUGUGUAGAGUGAUAGACAAUAGUGCACGCUGUGAUUGCAAAGAUAAUUUCCGUUGGAAUCCUGUAACUUCUAUUUGUGAGCAACCAUCCACUCCAAGCUGUGAAAAAGAUGAUGACUGCGACAAUACCAAGUCAUGCCAAAAAGAUGUACUCGGUGUAAGGAAAUGUUUUGACAACUGUUUGUCAUUUAGUUGUCCUCAGAAUUCAAAAUGUAUAACUAGACGCCAUAAAAGUCAAUGCGAGUGUUUAACGGGUUUUAAAGGAAAUCCCAAUGACCGUGAUGGAUGUUUACCUAUCAAUAAAAACCAAUGCGUCGAUGAUGCACAAUGUCGAGAAAAUGAGAUUUGUAAAUAUGUUGGUUCUAUUAAAAAAUGUACAUCAGCUUGUCAACAAAAAAUUUGCGGUCCGAAUGCUAUCUGCGUUACCAAUAACCAUGUUGCAAAAUGUCAGUGUCCAUCUGGGCCCUUUACCGGCAAUCCCGAUGAUCUAGAAAAAGGAUGUCAAUCAGUCCCAUGCAUAUAUAACACGGAUUGCUUAACCCACGAAUUGUGUAACCGUAUGACACAUACUUGUAAUAAUGCAUGUGCCGAGGAUUCUUGUGGUGUUAAUGCUGUAUGUAUAGCAGAAAAUCAUAAAAUAAAUUGUCAAUGCCCAAGCGGUUAUAUAGCGGAUCCACUACCAGAGGUUAAUUGUAGAAAGAUAGAGGUCUGCAAUCCAAACCCUUGUCAUCCAACUGCCAUCUGCGAGCCACAUCUUACAUCGUACACAUGUAAAUGUCCUGCUGGAUUGACAACUGAUAAAACAGGAGUAUGUAGAGUUCAGGACGAUUGUCCUAAUGGUAAUGAUGACUGUCCGUUGGAAGCAACCUGCGUCGCAGGACGAUGUGUAAAUCCAUGUGACGGAGCAUGUGGUAUAAACUCUCUGUGUAAAUUUGUAGAUAGAAAAGCAAUCUGUUUAUGUCCCGAAGGUUAUGAAAGCAUUCAAGGCGGUAAUGCUUGCAAGAAAAAGUUGCUAACCUGUGAUAAUGAUGCUCAUUGCGACGGGGAUGUGUGUUAUAAUGGACAGUGCUUAACUGCUUGUAAAAACUCCAGCCAAUGCGAUAAAGGAGAUAUAUGCCUAAAGAAUUUUUGCAUGACACAAUGCGCAAAGCAUUCUCAAUGUGGCAUUGGACAAGCAUGCGUAGGCGGACAAUGUUUAGUUGGCUGCAGAGUUAAUGACGAUUGUGCCAGCGAAGAAUCUUGCAUAAACAACAAAUGUGUUAAUCCAUGUCUGGCAACACGAGUGUGUGGUCCGAAUGCUAUUUGUUCAAGAAUUAAUCACAGUACAAGAUGUGAAUGUCCACUCGGAUUUGAAGGAACGCCUUCUCCUCAACAAGGUUGUGUACGGAUACCAAGUGCGUGCAGUAGAACAUCCGAAUGUCCUCCAGAUCAUAUGUGUAUUGGAUUUUUAUGCCAAGUGCCUUGUCAAGAUAACACUGGGUGCGCGAUUGGUGAGAAAUGCAGCGAUAAUAAAUGCCAUAAAAUCUGCCACUCCAGUGGCAACUGCUUGCACGGAGAACAUUGCAGUUCUGGAUUAUGUAUACCUGGCUGCAAAUCAGAUGCAGAUUGCCUUAGUAACCAACGUUGUAAAUCAACAACAUGCCAAUGCUUACCUGGUUUUAAAGUAAAUAUUGACGAAUGUGUUAAUAUUAAUGAAUGUUUAGACAAUCCAUGCCAUCCAUCAGCUCAGUGUGAAGACACAAUAGGGUCUUUCAAAUGUAUUUGCGCAACUGGAGCAAUCGGUGAUCCUUAUAAAACUGGAUGUAUACUACCAAACCAGUGUAGACGAGAUGAACAAUGUGACAGCUCACUUGCUUGUAUACGAGGAAAAUGCCAGAAUCCUUGUCAGACUAAAGCAUGCGGGUUGAAUGCAAUGUGUUCAGUUUUAAACCAUAGAGUUGCAUGCUCUUGCAAAAAAGGAUAUCUCGGCAAUCCACUAGACAAAAAUAUUGGAUGUUUCAAAGUGGAAUGUGUCGAUAGCUCAGAUUGUUCCAGUGAUAAAUAUUGCAAUAGUAGAAGUAACAAAUGUUCCGAUAAAUGCGAUGAUUCUGCAUGUCAAGGGGGUAUGUGUAAAAUUAUAAAUCAUAAAUCAACGUGCACUUGCCCAAUAGGCUAUAAUUUGAAUAAUAUUGCCUGUGAGGAUAUUAACGAAUGCCUGACCGAUCCUUGUCCCGUAAAUUCAGAUUGCGAAAAUUCACAUGGAUCCUAUGCAUGCAAAUGCAUUAAUGGAACAGUAUUAGACACAAGUAAAGGCAUUUGCAAACUACCCGGCGAUUGUUUUUCAAAUAAUGACUGCUCGGAAAAAACUACGUGUAUUAACAAUCAAUGCAUCAACCCCUGCCAAAAAUCGUCGCUAUGCGGUGAAAAUGCGCAGUGCAUAGUAGAAUCACAUAAUGCUAUUUGUGAGUGCCUGCCAAAUAGCCAAGGGGAUCCUUACAAAAAAUGCACUAAAUUCGAAUGUACAAAAGAUACCGAUUGUUCGUCAGAAGAAGCAUGCGUCAAUUACAAAUGUGUAAACUCUUGUAGUAUUCCACGAGCUUGCGGCAGAAAUGCCGAUUGUCUUUCCAGGAGCCAUAUCGGACAUUGUUCGUGUUCACCUGGCUAUACUGGGGACCCAGUGCUUGGGUGCGUCCCAAUACAGUACUGCACUGAUGACAGCAGAUGUUCUUCUGGCACUAAAUGUGUCGAUAAUUUGUGUGUCGGUUUAUGUAAAAGCUCAAGGGAAUGUUUAAGUGAUCAAGUUUGUAUUCAAGGAACAUGUCGAUUAACCUGCAACUCUAAUAAUACCUGCCCAGAUUUUCAAUUUUGCUUAAAUAGAGUGUGCACUAAGGAAGUUCAGUGCAUGGCCGACGAUGAUUGUGCUGAAGAUGAAAAAUGUUUUGUAAGCAGAAAUGGAAUUCCGCAAUGUGUCAAAGUAUGUGACGGACAUCCAUGUGGACGGCAGGCUAACUGUUUAGGUCAAGUUCAUAAGCCCGUUUGCUCAUGCAAAGCUGGGUUUUAUGGAGAUCCACGACAAAGUUGUAAAAGAAAACAAUGUGAUGUUGAUAAUGACUGUACGGAUGACCAAAUGUGUGAUAAAAAUAUGUGUAAAAUAGCAUGUCUGAUGAGAAACGACUGCGGAGACAAUUCAGUUUGUUCAUCUGAAAAUCAUAAAGGUGUAUGUUAUUGCCAACCCGGGUAUACUGGCGAUCCUUACAGAGGUUGCGUGGAAAUUAAUUGGUGCGAAUCUAAUACUUGUGGGAGUGGGGCUGAAUGUAAGAACACACGAAACAGCGCGCUAUGCACAUGUCCUACCGGAACAGUAGGCAAUGCUUACGAGGAAGGAUGUCGUAAAGCACAAGAAUGCCGAUAUAAUAGAGACUGCCCGGCAGCCGCUCGCUGUACUGUUACUGGUGCUAUAAGCAAAUGUACAGAUGCAUGUGAAAACAUAAAAUGCGGUAAAAAUGCAGAAUGUAUUGCCGUUCGACAUGUGGGACAAUGUAAAUGUAAAACAGGGUAUGUAGGAAAUCCUAAUUCUCCAAAUGGAUGUAGCCCUCGUGAAAUUAUAUGCACUGGGAAAACAGACUGUCCUAAUGACAAAUACUGCCAUAAAGGAAUUUGUAAAGCUCUCUGUCUUUUGGAUGAAGAAUGUGGUUCAUCAGAGAAAUGCAUUACUGGUCAAUGUUUGGAUCCAUGUCAGGUGGAAAAAAGCUGCGGUUUGAAUGCUAUCUGUCGCUCUGAAAAUCACGUGGUGCAAUGUAGCUGUCCACAUGCAUUUACCGGAAAUCAAGAUAUAGAAUGUGUUCGAAUUCCCCGUUUAUGUGGUGGCGCUGGAGAAUGUGAAAAUGGCCAUAUGUGUCAUGAUUCAAUGUGCGUUCCUCCAUGUAAAGUGGAUGAAGAAUGUGCACUUAAUGAACGGUGUUCUAAAGGAUCUUGUCUAUUAACGUGCAGAGUAGAUAAUGACUGCUUCUUAGGACACAUAUGCUUAGGAAAUACUUGUCAAUACGGAUGCAGGCAUGAUGAAGACUGUGGUCCUGAUGAAUUUUGCAAAAACAAUUUUUGUGAAAACCCAUGUGCCAGUGACAUAAAUCCAUGCGGACCCAAUGCACUUUGCUCUGCAGUGGACAGGAAAGCACUUUGUUCGUGUCCAGAUGGUCUUAUACCAAACCCGACACCCAAUAUAGGAUGCGUGCGAACGCCCACAUUACAGUGCCGCAUGCAUACAGAUUGUUCUGCCGGUUGGAGGUGCGAGGACGACCGAUGCCGGCCGGCUUGUACGCUUUACGGCGCUGAGUGCCUGCAGGGCGAACGGUGUGACGCCGGGGUGUGCCGUUACGCGUGUACUUCCGACGAGCAAUGCUCUGACGACGAAGUAUGUGAUGGGCGCUUGUGCGUAACAGGGUGCAAAACAGAUUCUCACUGCGCAAACAAUCUUGCGUGCAUAUCAGGACAAUGUAGUGAUCCUUGUACUGAACCAGGUACAUGCGGCUCUAACGCUUUAUGCACAACUAAAGAUCAUCGCCCUGUUUGUAGUUGUCCACCAGCAUUAGUUGGAGACCCAAGAACGGUUUGUAGGAGAGAAAUGACUCCUUGUGAUCGAAAUAAGAAUUGUGCAGAUGGAUUUAGCUGUUACGGCGACACUUGUCAUCCAUCUUGUAGAAGUGACGGCAUAUGUUUAUCUAACGAAAAGUGCAUUCGAGGAAUAUGCCGAGUUGUAUGCAAUAGUGACGAAGCGUGUAGCGAUGGGCAAAUCUGUGAAAACAGAAUUUGUAAGCAAGGCUGCAGAGAUGACAACGCUUGUGAUGAAUCUCAAGCCUGUUUCAACGGCCAAUGCAAAGAUCCAUGCAAGGAAAGCGGUUUAUGCGGCAUUUGUUCAGAGUGCAAUGUUUUAAAUCAUAGAGCACAAUGUAUUUGCUCUAGAAAUUUCACCGGUAAUCCUUUUGUGGAAUGUAAAAGAAAACAAUUGCACUGUGAUGGAUAUUGUCCAUGUGAUGACAGUGGAUAUUGUAUAUCCCUAUGCGAUAAUAAUUUGGAUUGUUCAUGUGGAGAAAAAUGUGUUGACGGCGGUUGUCGAACAUUAUGCUCAUCGAAAAACAAAUGUCCUCAAAGACAGAUAUGCGUUCAAGGUGCAUGCAUUCCUGGGUGCAACAAUGACAGAGAUUGCGGAGAUGACAUGUUGUGUUUCGCAAAACUUUGUCAGCCGGCUUGCCAAGAAAAAUCUUGUGGGAAAAAUGCAGUUUGUUUACCGACCCACCAUCGAGCCGUGUGUAAUUGCCCUAGCGGAUUUUCAGGUGAUCCAUUAAGCGAGUGUAAUGCUUACGAGUGUCAGCACGACGAAGAAUGUGGUGCUGAUGAAGUGUGCCUGGAAGAAGGAAAAUGUAAAAAUGUAUGCGUAGGCGCAUGCGGAAUCAAUGCUAUCUGUCGUGCAAUGAACCGAUCACCACAAUGCUCUUGUCCGCCAAAUUAUUUAGGGAACCCUAAAUAUGAAUGUUCUAAGCCAGCAGCGGGCAGCUGUUUGCGCAAUCCUUGCGGAAUAAAUGCUCGUUGCCGGGAUUUCGACGAUGGUAGUUACGAGUGUACAUGCCCGCCAAACUGCGCUGGUGAGCCACAAAAACAGUGUUUCUGUGGUGCUAUGGAGCCUUGCGCAUACAAAGCGUGUGGGACGAAUGCACAGUGUCGUAUUGGGCAUAAUAAGGAAGCUCAAUGUUACUGCCCACGCAACUACCCUAACGGUGACCCAAAUAUAGAAUGUUCUCAAGAGCGUAGUGUGGUUGAUUGUCGAACAACUGGUUGCGGAAUCAACGGAGAAUGUUUGAGAGAAGGAGCAGAGUUUGUUUGCCAUUGCAUUCCUGGCACGGAAGGACAAGCAGAUAUUGAAUGCCAUACUAGUAUCGAAUGUACGAGCGAUAAGGAGUGUCCACUUGAAAAGGCCUGCCUAAGCUUGCAUUGCGUGGACCCUUGCACUGUUCGCGGCGCGUGUGGUGAGGAUGCGCUGUGUGAGUCCGUGGCGCACCGGCCGCAAUGCUCGUGCCCACAGUGUUACGUAGGGCAGCCACGGGUGUCCUGCCGGCCUGAUCCAGCCUGCACACCAUCAUCAGAGCCAAACUCUACAUUCACAUGUUCUCCAACUAAGUCUUGCCCGCCUCGAUUGGCUUGCGACUUUGAUGCAGGCCAGUGCCGAAAUCCAUGCCUGAACUACCAAAACUGCCGUAGAAACCAAAAGUGUGAAGUUAGAAAUCACGAACCCGUGUGCGUUUGCCGCAAUGGAUUUGCAUUAAAUGAUAAAGGAGAAUUAACUUGCGCACCGGAAGAUGCAGAAUGUACACGGGACGAACAAUGUCCUUCUAAUGCGGCAUGUCGUAAUUCCAAGUGUGUGAAUCCCUGCUUGGCGUCAAAGGAGCCCAUGUGUCCAAAGGGAAAACAAUGCGAAGCUGUGGAGCACAACGCUAUCUGCGUUUGCAUCGAAGACUGUCACACCGCAGUAUCAAUAUGUUUACGAGACAAUGGGUGUCCGCAAAACUUGGCGUGCAGAGACUUCGAAUGCAGAGACCCUUGUAAAGGCGCUUGCGGUGGUGCUCCAUGUUCAGUAGAAGACCACCAUCCAGUUUGCAAGUUCUGUCCUAAAGGAUUCACACACGAUCAAAAUCAUGGCUGCAUUAAAGCGUUAGAGUGCACUUCGGAUGAACAAUGCGCGCCGAAUCUGGCGUGUGCAGGUGGGCGCUGUGCCAACCCGUGCGAGCGUGGCGGUCCUUGCGCCUCUGGCCAACACUGCGCCGUUUCCAACCAUCAACCCGUCUGCUCUAGAGGGCCUGUUACAAAUUGUGCACACUGUCGUCCAGGAGUACCUUGCGACCCAUUUUCAGGGGCCUGCAUGGAAAAUGUUCCACCUAAAAAUGACCCACUAACUGAAAUAUUCCUCGAUACAACCACGGAAACCAUAAAUCUGGGAACAGAAGGCGAAACUGAUGUAACUGACACGACUAAAAUGUCUCCCGACUAUUUUAAUAUUACUGACACAACUACUGUAUUGGAUUUUAACUCAAUUAACGUUACAUCCACAACUUACCAUCAAGAUGAAAUGAAAAUUAUAACAACUAUCGAUUCAAACAUACCUACUGUAGAAUACCGAGAGUCUAGUGUCAAAAUUGAAUCAUACACAGAAACCCCCACUGAUAAAACUACCGUUAGUUCAUUACAACGUAUGACCGACAGCGUAGAGACAACAUUUUCUACGAACACAAUAAAUGAUAUUAACACUAUAAGUGGUAUGCAGAUCACUGAAACUAAAUCAACAGGAACUAAUACUUCCCCUGAAAGGUCUGGAUAUUCUUCCUCAGCAGAGUUUGUUACCACGGAUAUUAAUUUAGCAACUCGUCAACAAUAUGACAGUGUAACGGAAAUGACUGCCCUUUUUACUGAAACUAUAAGCAAUUAUUCAUCUACUCUAGAUUCUGAUCAACUAGUGGAAAGUAGUAGUACUGUCCAUUUUGAAAGCACGGUGAAGCCAUUAACAGUCAACUAUACAACAAAAAGUUCAACAGCAACGCCUAACGAAAAUAAAAAUACAAAAACACCAGAUAAUCAAAGAAAAUUAGGAAGCAAUUUCACUGACACCGCAAACAGUACGUACAAUGCAACAAUCAAACAUAGGGACAGGCCAGAAUUCCCUGUUACGAUUUUAGCUAAUACUUCAACAAUUACAAGUAUAGCAAGUGAAACUGAUGGAGAAAUAGAAAAUGUUCUUACAGAAAAUACAAACGCAUUUGCCACCAAUCAAGAUGAAGAUAACACCUUAAAUAGUCUGAGUACAUAUUCUACGGCUACUACAACCAUUUCAGGGGUUACUAAUAAGGAAUCUUUGACUUCCCAUGAAGACACGAAAGAAAUAUUUGAUUCAACAAGUAAAACCGAAGUAACUAUGGAUUUAGCAGAUUUAGCAUUUCAAACACAGUAUACAGAAAUAUCCCUAGAUGACAAAAUAACUGAAGUUACUGGAAAUACAGUAAACCCUAUGACUGUCUCUAGUGAAAUUCCAUACACGCAGAAUAUGGAAAUAACUUCAUUUUCUACUGAAUCUUAUAAAACUUUAAGUACUGAAGUCCAAUCUCCACAAGGAACUGAUCCAGACACAGAAGAAAAUACUAUUACAACACCACUCAAUAAAAGUGUUAAUGAAACUAAAAAAACAGGUGUUUUACCUGUAGUCACCACCAACACAGUUAUUGAAAAUAUGCAACAUUCAACAGUUGAAUCAGGUUUUGCGACAGUAACUGAAACAUCAUCUUCUUUAUUUUCAUCCGGGUCAAUUGCAUCGCAGACUACAAACACAGAAAUCGAUUCUGUAACAGAGCCUUAUACUGGCCUAACAGGUAACAUUUCAACAAGCACCGGUACAAUUGAACUUAGUAAUACCCAUGAUAUGACAUCGAAUGAUCUAUUAACUACAGUGUCAUAUAAAUCGUAUGAUUCAACCGUGAACCAACAAACUACCAGUCAAACUUUGCACACACAAUCUUUGGAAAAAAAAUUAGAAGCGUCCGAUAUAAGUGAAACUACAACACUUCACUCAUUAAGUAUUACUGAAUCGCAUACUGAAUUUGACUCAACAAAACGUUCAACUUAUUCAGCACAAAACAAAAGCACAGAUAUUUCUUCCGUAAUCACCAAUAUGGUUAGUGAAGACAUGCAACAUUUAACUGAAAAAGGAAUAGUUGAGUCAGUUACUGAAACACCCACAACUGUAAAAACUGCUUUUUAUAAAUCACCUGAAUCAUUUGAAUCGUCAACUACAAAUACUGACCCCAAAAUAACUGACCUUAAUUACUCAAUAGGUUCUGAUAACUUUACAAUAAUUGGAUAUAACUCUGUAACAGAGCUAUUCACAAAGCCAAUAGAUGAGAUUUCUUAUAGCACCGAAACAAGUGGAUUUAGCGAAACUGUUAAGGAACCGAAUGAUCAUAUGAUUACAGCUACAUUGGAACCGUAUGACACAACAGUUGAAGAACAAACAACCAGUAAAAAUGUACACACACAAUCUUUGUCAACAGAUUCAGAAGCGUUUGAUACAAGGGAAACCACAACAAGUCAUUCAUUAAGUACUACAGACUUGUAUAACGAAUUGGAUUCGACUAAACAUUCGACUCAUUUAGAAGACUUCUAUAUUAGUAAAACCACUAAAUCUAGUUUUACAGAAACUGAUUUUCCGAGAACUGCUGAAGACAAUGAAUCGCGUGCAACUUUAACAGAUACAACAACAUAUUUGCCCGAUACACAACCCACAUAUAGCUCUAACUCAUCUAAAUCUCAUUAUGAUUUUACAUCCACUGAAUCAUCGACGAAUUCAGAAGCGUUAGAUACAAGUAAAAAUACAACAUAUACAUUUACGGAACAAGCGAUAACUAAAUCAUCAGGCAUAUCUGAAACUAAAACUACAGAUCAAUUAACAUUUUUAACAACAACCGGUAUGGAGGAAACUACUAUUAUUUCGACAGAUUUUAAUAGUAUUAGGGACAUUUCACAUAAAAAUUCAGUCAAUACGGAAGCGUACCUGACACAUAUAGGUAAAACUGCCACAACUGAUUAUACAACCAAAAGUGAACAUUUAACGUCAGAAAACAAUUUGUACACGCCUAUGGGACGAACAAAUGAAAUUUCCCAUUUAACUUCUUUGAACGAUAUCACUGAAUCUGUUUCAAUCAAUACAGUCACAGAGAAACUUACGAUAUCCACUAUUUCUAUCGAAACGAAUGGUGACAUCACUACAAAAUCAUAUUCGACAGAAACAUAUCCUACGCCAUUAAUUACACCAAAAGUAACAAAUAAGAUACCACAAUCAACCAGCCCUGAUGCAGUCAUGACAAAUCCAACUCAAAGCACUGUGGAAGAUCGUAUAGAUGUUUCCUAUGUUGAUAAAACAUCAAUAAGUUUAACCGUUGACGAUAAGCAAUCUAUAACUACUUCUCUUACGCAUGACUAUACAACUGAAUUACCAAAAAAAAGUGUUACAGAUGAAACCUACACAGAAGGUAUAAUAUAUAGCGAUUCAGAUACGGAAAAUUUUACAAAAACCAAGACGGUUACGACGCACGACGGUAUAACGAAACCUUGGGAACAAGAUCCUACAAAUACCUAUGACUUGCCAGAGACAACGACGGUACUGAAUAGAGAUACAAAAAUAGAGGAAGAACAUACAACUAAUACUAUUAGGGUUCAGGGAUCUACCAGCUAUGACCAACUCAUAAUAAAUAUGAAUAAGUCUGCAACAUUAGAUAAUGUCACUAAACUGUCGACUACAAAUGUAAUACCGAUGAAUACGGAUUACGUGAAGCCUUGGAACGAAAGCAAACAAAAAACCUAUAACUGGUACGAGACAACGACAAUCUUAAAUACAACUUCCGAAACUGAGACAGUACCCCCAACGAGUAAUACGCUUUCCGAGGGCAUAAUUGAUGAAUAUGUACCUGAUAACAUGUCGACCGAGAAUUCCUACGGAAUUCACACCUCCUCGGAUGAUGAUGAUUAUAUCACAAAUAAUGAUAAUUUGGCAUCACAUGAUAAUGAUUUUUCGACUGAAAACACUACACCAAUUUACGCAAAUAAUACGGACUAUACUAGCCCUUGGGAGGGAACUACUACAAACGCUUAUAAAAUAACCGAAACAACGCCGGAAGUAAAAAUUGAGCUAACAAGUGAAACUAAUACAGCGCCUAAACUAACGGGUAACACAUAUACAAGUCCCUCACAUUCAACAACUCCCAACGCUAAUUUAUCAUCACGUAGAAAAGAUGUAGACAUACUAGCCUGGACUGACUCGACUCCAUAUACUGACGUGACUUCUACGGAAACAGCGUAUCCGAAUAAUGACUCUUACAACGUAACUAGCUGUAAAGUGAAAUCGAACUGCUCCACGGACAAAACCUGCAUAAACGGAGUGUGCCAGAACCCAUGUGCGAUGCAGAGCCUGUGUAUAAUGAACAUGACAUGUAUCGUUGUCGACCAUGUGCCCCUGUGCAUGUGCGAUGGGAUCACUGGGAACAACUGCGUAAGAGCAUCACCUGGGACACCUAAGGCACCAGAACCAUGUCAAUCUGACCGAGACUGUAUACAGACAGAAGCCUGCUUUAUGGGACUGUGUCAAAACCCCUGUGGUUUUAACAAUGUUUGUGGUAUUGGAGCCAAUUGCCACCCUAUCAAGCAAAGACCGAUGUGUUCAUGUCCCGCUGGACAAGACGGAGAUCCUGCUGUUAAAUGUUCCCCUAAAAUAACCGGUUGCACUAGAAACGAAGAUUGUCUCAUCACCGAGGCUUGUAUAAAUAAUGCAUGUCAACUCCCAUGUGCCAUACACAACCCAUGCGUACCCAAUGCAGCCUGUAUAAAUACGAAUCAUGGCUCCGACUGCAGCUGCCUUCAAGGUUUUCAAGGAAACGGAUAUGUUGGAUGUGUGCCAGUUAUUGACUCAUCGUCAGUAUGUCAAUAUAAUGAUGACUGUCCACCACAUCUGCUGUGCGAUAGAUUAAAUAGAGUCUGCAUUAACCCCUGCUCCGCAAACAAAUGCGGUGAUAACGCCGAAUGCGUCUCUUCGAACCAUGGUAUUCAAUGCCAGUGUCUUGAAGGAUACACGGGUAACGCUUAUUUGGAAUGUUAUCAAGUACAAGGAUGUAGGUUCGAUAAUGAAUGUGCAAAUUCCGAGGCUUGCAUAAACGGUAGAUGUGAUUCGCCUUGUAGAUGUGGCAUUAAUGCUAUUUGCGAUGUUAUAAACCACCGUGCAUCUUGCAAAUGUCUACCAGGAUACAAUGGAAAUCCCAUGCUAGGAUGUGAUCCUCCAGUAAACCCAUGCAUCCCAAAUCCAUGUGGAAUUAAUGCAUUGUGUGAGAUCGACAAUGGAAAUCCCAUAUGCUACUGUCCAAAAGGAUCGACUGGCAACCCGUUCAAGAAUUGUAUACCAGAAGGCAAUGAAUGUGAGCCCAACCCCUGUGGGCCAAACUCAGGCUGUCGGUUAAUAGACAACAAACCAGCUUGUUUCUGUCUUCCAAAUUAUGAAGGAAAUCCCCCUAGACAAACUUGUAGACUACCAAGUAAUCCCUGCAAUCCUUCACCUUGUGGACCGAAUACCCAAUGUACCGUAUUAUCAAAUGGCUUUGCAAAAUGCACUUGCCUACGAGGUUUUAUUGAAAGCCCCAACACAGUAAGAGGUUGUAUAGAAGCUCGUAAUCCUUGCGAUCCAAACCCAUGCGGAUCAGGCGCGCGUUGUGAUCCUAACCGGGCCCCUGCAUGUUACUGCCCUGAAAGUACUAUUGGCAACCCCUACAAAUCUUGUAAUCCUCAAGGAUAUUUGCCACCUGAUACCACUUUAUGCAAUCCAAGCCCUUGUGGUGCGAAUGCUGACUGCUACGUAAGCAGUAACAGAGAAAUGUGUUUCUGUAAAUCUGGUUAUAGUGGAGAUCCAUAUGUUGGUUGUCAAGCUCAACGUAAUCCCUGCACACCAAAUCCAUGUGGACCGCAAGCUAUUUGUAAUGUUAACUAUGAUGGUCAAGCUUCUUGUACUUGUGCAGGUGGUAGCACUGGUAAUCCAUACGGUGUUGAAGGCUGUCUUUCACGAGAAUGCGAAGUAGAUGAUGAGUGCUCCGCUAAUAGAGCUUGCAUUGGAUAUACGUGUAGAGACCCUUGUCCAGGUGCUUGCGGUUUAAAUACUAAAUGUCAUGUUGAAUCCCAUCGUCCAGUGUGCGUAUGUGAAGAUGGACUAAUAGGGAAUCCUUUACUCUGCUGCUUACCUCCAGAAUCUCACAAGGCAAUAUCACCAUGUAACAAGGUGCAGUGCGGCAUUAAUGCAAUUUGCCAGGAUAUCGGAAAUGAAGCUCAGUGCUACUGUCCAACGGACUUCAUCGGGGAUCCAUAUGUUGAAUGCAAACUAGAAUGUACAAUGAAUUCGGAUUGCCCAUCGAAUGAAGCGUGUGUCAAUAAUAAGUGUGCUGACCCCUGUUUAACUAAAAAUGUUUGUGGUCUAAAUGCAGCUUGUCUCUGUUCCGAUCACACUGUAUCAUGUUUAUGUCCAGAUGGUUAUAUAGGAGAUCCGUUGGUUCAAUGUACCUAUCGACCCAUUAUCAUUCCGUCUGAUAACACUACUGCACAGCCAUGCACUCCGAACCCUUGUGAUCCGAACGCUCCGUGUGAUACUUAUGGGAAUCAAUUUGCAAUUUGCGAUGUUUGCUUGGGACCAGACGCUGUCAGUAAUCCAUCAUGCAGGCCAGAAUGUGUCCUUAACUCAGAUUGUGCAUUUGAUAAGGCAUGCUUAAAGAAUAAGUGUGUAGAUCCAUGUCCUGGUUCUUGUGGUAUGAACACCGAUUGUACUGUUUAUCGACAUGAUCCGAUAUGCCGAUGUAUUAAGGACUUUGAAGGAAAUCCUUAUGAAUAUUGCAAACCCACAACCAGACCUAUUGAAGCAACAACUUGUGACAACAUUCAAUGUGGUGCUAACGCUUUUUGUCAAGAUUCUUAUGGAGUACUGAGUUGUCAAUGCUUACCAAAUUUCUAUGGCAAUCCUCAGUUGUCAUGUCGUCCUGAAUGUGUUGUUAACAGCGAUUGUGCUACUAAUCUAGCCUGUCUUAACAAUAAAUGUGAAAAUCCAUGCAAAGAUGUUUGCGGUAUAAGAGCCCAAUGCGAAACUGUUAACCAUCACGCAAUAUGCUACUGCUCACCAGGUGAGACGGGCGACCCUUAUGUAAGAUGUCAGCCUGUUAUUGAAUCUCCGCCAUCGCACCACGUGUGCGACCCUUCGCCUUGUGGGCCAUACAGUCGUUGUCUUGUGUCACCAACCGGAUUUCCAGUGUGCUCGUGUUUGCCAGGCUACAGGGGAGUCGCACCAAUGUGUCAGCCAGAAUGCGUUAGUAACUCAGAUUGUCAACAAAUAGAGACAUGUGUCAAUCAGAAAUGUGUCAACCCAUGCCUGGGUAGCUGUGGCGUUAACGCAGAUUGUAUAGUUGUAAAUCAUAAUCCUAUAUGUGCUUGUGGACGUGAUAAGACUGGGGAUCCUUUUGUUGCUUGUGGAGAGAUGGAACCUAAAGAGAUUGUACCAAAAAAUCCUUGUGUGCCUUCUCCUUGCGGGCCUAAUUCCAUAUGUGAAAUUAAAUCUAAUCAUCCCGUCUGCUCAUGUAGCUCCAACUACGUCGGAACUCCUCCAUUCUGUAGACCAGAAUGUGUCAUAAGCCAAGAAUGCGCGUCUAAUCAAGCAUGCAUAAACGAGAAAUGCGCAGAUCCGUGUGUUGGCGCUUGUGGAAAUAAUGCCAAGUGCGACGUCGUUAACCAUACGCCUCUGUGUAGUUGCCUAGAGGGUUACAGGGGAGACGCGUUUAUUGGAUGUGUUAUAAUAGUGAAUGAACCACCUACACCUUGCAAUCCUUCACCUUGUGGAGAAAAUACUAUAUGCACAGUAGUGAAUGACGUAGGUCGAUGCUCAUGUAUACCGCCGAAUAUCGGAAACCCUUACGCAGGUGGUUGUCGACCAGAGUGUACCAUGAACCCAGAUUGUCCCAAUAACUUAGCCUGUUUAUCCAAUCACUGUCGGGAUCCCUGCAAAGACUUAUGCGGAUUAAACGCUGAAUGCAGUGUCACCAACCAUGUGCCGGUUUGCACUUGUUUCAAAAACUAUGAGGGCGAUCCAUUCUCAUCCUGUCGACCAGUUACUGUAACUCAUCCUCCUUUAAAUCCUUGCGAACCUUCGCCAUGCGGUCCUAACAGUGAAUGCCAAGUGGUGAACCAGCGAGCGGCGUGUUCAUGUCGUGUAGGUUACCUCGGAUCGCCUCCUGCUUGUCGCCCAGAGUGCUCAGUCAACUCAGACUGCCCAUCUACAAGAGCCUGCAUAAAUCAAAAAUGCAAGGAUCCUUGCAUACACAGCUGUGGUCUUGAUGCCCGCUGUCAUGUAGUGGGCCACAAUCCGAUCUGUACAUGCCCAGAGAACCUGCCCGAAGGAGAUCCGUUCAUUAAAUGUUACUGGAAGAGUAAGCAGCCGCCAUCUCCUCAUCUAGAUCCAUGUUUACCUUCGCCAUGUGGGCCUCAUUCUACGUGUGCCAGUGAAAGCGGUCGUGCUGUGUGCGCCUGCGAACCUGGCACCUUAGGCGCGCCGCCUUCGUGUCGCCCUCAAUGCGUCAUCAAUCAAGACUGUCCUCUAGCUCUAGCCUGCCUCGCCGGGUCUUGUGUCAACCCUUGCGUUGGCUCUUGUGGAUUCAACGCGCGGUGUAUUGUGCAAAAUCAUCAGCCUAUUUGUUCCUGCGAUGAUGGAUAUUCCGGUGAUCCAUUUGCUGGCUGCAGUUUCAUUGAAGUUGCAAAAGAGAUACCAAGUCAUCCUUGCAACCCAUCGCCAUGUGGACCCAACGCCAUUUGUCGAGAAAGAAGUGGCGCUGGUUCUUGCACUUGUAUAGAUGAAUUUUACGGAGAUCCAUACCUUGGUUGUCGCCCUGAAUGCGUAAUGAAUACUGAUUGCGCAAAAGACAAAGCCUGCUUUAACAAUAAAUGUGUGGAUCCAUGCCCUGGUACUUGUGGGCAAAACGCAGAAUGUACAGUGACCAACCACGCACCUUCAUGUUACUGCUUGACUGGAUAUAUCGGAAACCCUCUUCAUGCAUGUUCUCCUAUUACGAUUUCGCCAGAACCUGUGGAUCCGUGCCACCCUUCACCUUGUGGCCCUUAUAGUACAUGCCGUACAUUUAACGGACAUGCUGUUUGUACAUGCCUAGAAAAAUGUAUUGGUUCUCCACCAAAUUGUCGGCCUGAGUGUAUUGCCACAUCCGAUUGUCGACCUAACAAAGCGUGUAUCAAUCAAAAAUGCCAAGACCCGUGCCCUGGUAUGUGUGGUAUUAAUGCGCAAUGUCAAGUGGUCAACCAUAAUCCAAUAUGUAGCUGUUUGAGUGGUUUUACUGGCGAUCCAUUUUCAAGAUGUUACAUUGAUGAAAGGCCACCUGCGCCUUCGAUAGAUGUUUGUAUACCAAACCCAUGCGGUCCGCAUUCUCAAUGUAAAGAGAUAAAUGGUGUACCUGUAUGCUCGUGUUUGAAUGACUAUGUGGGUCGUCCUCCUAACUGUAGACCAGAGUGUGUUAUUGAUGUGGAAUGUCCUGGAAACCUAGCUUGCCUUGCCGAAAAAUGUAGAGAUCCGUGUCCGGGUUCGUGCGGAGUGCAUGCUACUUGCACGGUUGUUAAGCACGUACCGGUAUGUUCUUGUGAACAAGGAUAUACGGGAGAUCCAUUUUCAGGAUGCUCAUUCAUACCUAAUAUUGAACCCCAGGUUCAAGAAAGCCCAUGUUAUCGUUCUCCUUGCGGAGCAAACGCUAUCUGUAAAGAAAGAAAUGGUAUCGGAUCCUGCUCAUGCCUUCCAGAAUAUUACGGAGAUCCAUACGUUGAAUGUAGACCAGAAUGUGUAUUAAACACUGAUUGUCCUAAAGACAAAGCUUGUUUCAAUAACAAGUGUAAAGAUCCAUGCCCAGGAGUUUGCGGUAUGAACGCUGAAUGCCGGGUGCACAAACACGCUCCUUCUUGUGCGUGUUUACCAGGAUACGAAGGGAAUCCGUUUUCAUCGUGUUAUAUCGGAAAGAUUGAUCCAAUUGAUCCUUGUGUACCUUCUCCAUGCGGGCCUUAUAGCGUGUGCCGUGUAAACGCUGGUCAUGCAAUAUGUUCAUGCCAAGAGCAGUACUUUGGGUCCCCACCUUCUUGUCGUCCCGAAUGCAUGGUCAGCAGUGAGUGUAUGCCUAAUAAGGCAUGUAAAAAUCAGAGAUGUGCAGAUCCAUGCAUUGGAGCAUGUGGCAAUAAUGCGAAAUGCACUGUUGUUAAUCACAAUGCAUUAUGUAGCUGUCCAACAAAUUAUAUCGGGGACCCAUUUGUACAGUGCGCGGAAGCACCAAAAUCACAACCAAGACCGCUGGGAAAUCCCUGUGUGCCUUCUCCUUGCGGGCCAAAUUCCCAGUGCCGUGUGGUAGGAGAAACGCCUGCGUGUUCUUGUCUGCAAGAAUACAUCGGUAGAGCACCUAAUUGCCGACCUGAAUGUAUAUACGAUGAAGAGUGUCCUAGUAACCUCGCGUGUGUUCGGGAAAAAUGUGUCAAUCCAUGUGCGGGCUCUUGUGGCACAAACGCAGCAUGCGUUGUAAUAAACCACAAGGCUGUUUGCCAUUGUUGGGAGGGUUACACUGGUGAUCCAUAUGGUGGUUGCCACUUUUUCGUUAUUGUGGCGAGCGAAGAGGAAACAAACCCAUGUUCUCAGUCACCCUGCGGCCCUAAUGCUGUAUGCACAGAAAGAAAUUCUGCUGGAGCAUGUACAUGUUCUCCUGGAUAUUUCGGAGAUCCAUAUCUCGGGUGUCGACCAGAAUGUGUGACAAAUAAUGAUUGUCCAUGGGAUAAGGCUUGUUCGAAUAAUAAAUGUACGGAUCCAUGCCAAGGAGCCUGUGGCAUUAAUGCACAAUGUACGGUUUCCCAUCAUAAUCCCGUAUGUUUAUGCCUAGAGAGUUAUGAAGGCAAUCCCGUAGUUUCCUGUCAUCCUCGACUAAUACCGCCAACUACCGAUUUAAAUCCAUGCAUGCCUUCUCCGUGUGGAGCAUACAGUCACUGCAAGGUGGUCGAUGGUCAUGGCGUGUGUUCAUGUCAGGAAGGCUAUGUUGGGUCGCCCACAUGCAGGCCAGAAUGCGUAUCAAGUACAGAUUGUCCUCAGCAUCAAGCAUGCAUUCAACAGAAGUGUAAAGAUCCAUGUCCAGGAACUUGUGGCAUAAACGCUAGAUGUCAAGUUAUUAAUCAUAAUCCUAUUUGCACGUGUAAAGCUGGAUACACUGGUGAUCCAUUCAUAUCUUGCCAGUUAGAACCAAAACCUAUGUUUGAGGGGCCUAAAGGAAAUCCAUGCGUACCAUCACCGUGUGGUCCAUAUUCUCAAUGUAAAGUAGUGGGAGAAGCGCCUGCAUGUUCAUGCUUACCAAACUAUAUUGGUAUUGCACCUAAUUGUAGACCAGAAUGUUCUAUCAAUGCGGAAUGCCCUGGUAAUCUUGCAUGCCAAACUGAGCGGUGUAUAGAUCCCUGUCCCGGCUCAUGCGGUUUGAACGCGGACUGUUCCGUAGCCAAUCAUGUAGCAUUAUGUAAUUGUAUAUCAGGUUACACAGGUGAUCCUUUCAGUGGAUGUUCUCGAGUUGAGUAUCCACCUGAACCUCUGCCAAAUCCCUGUAAUCCUUCACCAUGUGGGGCGAAUGCAUUAUGCAAAGAACGGAAUGGAGUUGGAUCUUGUUCUUGCUUGCCAGAAUAUUUCGGAGAUCCGUACACUGGUUGUCGGCCAGAAUGCGUUUCUAAUUCCGAUUGUGAUCGGAAUAAAGCUUGCUCAAACAACAGAUGUAAAGAUCCAUGCCCAGGAGCAUGUGGAGUAAACGCUGAAUGUAGAACAGUCAACCAUUCGCCUACCUGUACGUGCAUGUCUGGAUAUACCGGAAAUCCGCUUGUUCAGUGUGUUAUAAAAGAACUUCCUCCUGGACGAGAAGAUAACGUAAAACCAUGCCAGCCAUCUCCUUGCGGACCUAACAGUUUAUGCCGAGAAGUAAACGGUCAUAGCGUAUGCACAUGCGGUAGCGGGUAUAUCGGCACACCUCCUACCUGCCGCCCUGAAUGUAUUGUGAGCUCCGAAUGCCCACAAGAUAAGGCAUGUGUCAACAAGAAAUGUAUUGAUCCGUGCCCGAAUACUUGUGGAUAUAAUGCACGUUGUCAAGUCGUUACACAUAAUCCUAUAUGCAGUUGUACACCUGGAUACACUGGCGAUCCGUUUUCCAAAUGCGAGUUGGAAGAAAAGAAAGUACCUUCAAAUCCAUGUGAACCAACUCCGUGUGGGCCGAACUCCGAAUGCCGGAUAAUUGGAGAUCAAGCAGCAUGCUCGUGUAUGCCAAAUUACAUAGGAAGAGUGCCUAAUUGUCGUCCCGAAUGUACUAUUGACGCUGAAUGUCCUAGCAAUACAGCCUGUGUUAAUGAACGCUGUAGAGACCCUUGCCAAGGUGCAUGCGGUCAGAAUGCCCUCUGUUUGACUGUAAAUCAUAGACCUAUAUGCAGUUGUCAACAAGGUUUUACAGGAGAUGCGUCAAGAAAUUGCAUACAAGUUGUGAUAUCAUCUACUGAGAUGACUCCAACAUCGAGUCCAUGCACGCCGUCACCUUGUGGACCAAAUGCGGAAUGUCGGGAACACAACGGGGCUGGUGCUUGCGUUUGCUCGUCAGGGUACGACGGCGAUCCAUAUAGCCCCAGUGGCUGCCGCAGGGAAUGUGAGAUCAAUGAUGACUGUGCGCCACAGCUGGCGUGCACACGGUUCAAGUGCAUAGAUCCUUGUCCUGGAACAUGCGGGCAAAUGGCUCAGUGCUUAGUCGAAAACCACGUUCCAAUCUGCACUUGUCCAAAAGGCUUCUCUGGUGAUCCGUUUUACCAGUGCAAAGAGUUGACAUAUACUCCCCCUCCAACACAAAACCCAUGCGAGCCCUCACCUUGUGGACCUAACAGCCAAUGUAGACAAGUCAAUAUGCAAGCAGUAUGUUCAUGUCUUCCAAGCUACGUGGGAUCACCCCCGUCAUGCAAACCGGAGUGUGUUGUGAAUAGUGAAUGUGAUACCUCUAAAGCUUGCAUCAACCAGAAAUGUGAUGACCCUUGUCCUAAUACUUGCGGAUUAAGAGCCCAUUGUCAAGUUAAAACUCACAAUCCUAUUUGCACGUGUCCAGCAGGAAUGACUGGGGAUCCAUUUACACAAUGUUAUCAAAUCGUUUCGACCACCGAACGGCCCCCAUCUUGUACCCCUUCACCUUGUGGUCCUCAUUCCCGCUGCCAAUUGUUGGCUAGUGGACCAGCCUGUUCGUGCUUACCCGGAUAUGUUGGAUCACCACCAAAUUGCCGCCCUGAAUGUACAAUCAAUUCUGAAUGCCCGGCCGAGCUAGCUUGCGUGCGACAAAAAUGUGAAGACCCAUGUCCAGGAUCCUGCGGAGUAGAUGCAAACUGUCAUGUUCUAAAUCAUGUAGCAGUGUGCGUUUGCAAUGAUAGAUUUACAGGCGAUCCUUUCUCAAGAUGUUUGCCAAUUCUCGAAGAACCUACUACCCCUACACCAUUAGACCCAUGUAACCCUUCGCCUUGCGGUCCAAAUGCUCAGUGUAAUAAUGGCUUUUGCACAUGUCUACCAGAAUACAGUGGCAAUCCUUACGAAUCAUGCAGACCCGAAUGUACUGGUAGUCAAGAAUGUCCAAGAGAUAAAGCCUGCUUCAGAAAUAAAUGUCGAGAUCCAUGCCCAGGAGUGUGUGGUCAAAAUGCGAAAUGUGACGUUAUUAAUCAUAUUCCGUCUUGCUCUUGCAUGGCUGACUUUACCGGUAAUCCAUUUACUCAAUGUCGUCCAGUUGAAAUUAUUACAGAUAAAAAAGAUCCGUGUCAUCCUUCCCCAUGUGGACCCAAUAGCAUUUGUCGAAAUGUAGAUAAUACAGCUGUUUGCGCGUGUAUUGAAGGAUUCCAAGGAUCUCCGCCAUCAUGCCGACCGGAAUGCAUUAUUAGCUCAGAGUGUGCUUCUACAAAGGCUUGCGUUAAUCAAAAAUGCAUAAAUCCUUGUAUUAAUUCUUGUGGUCAUGCCGCUAGGUGUGAGGUCAUUAAUCACAGCCCAAUAUGUAGUUGUAAUCCUGGUCAAACUGGGGACCCAUUUAAGGGCUGCUAUGAAAUUAUAAUUCCGCCGUCUGAUCAAGUUGAUGUAUGCCACCCUUCACCGUGUGGACCAAAUGCUUUAUGUAUGGACAGAAAUGGGAAACCUAACUGUAAAUGCAUUGAUAACUAUAUCGGACAGCCACCAAAUUGCAGGCCAGAAUGUGUUAUCAAUCCGGACUGUCCUUCGAAUCAAGCUUGUGUUCGUAAUAAGUGUAUAGAUCCAUGCCCAGGGUCGUGUGGAGUAAAUGCCGAAUGCAAUGUUGUCAGCCACACUGUUUCGUGCAGUUGUAAAGAUAAAUUUACUGGCAACCCUUUCCUACAAUGUGUCCCCGAAAAAGAAAUUGAACGUCAGCCGUGCGAUCCUUCGCCAUGCGGAGCUAAUGCUGUAUGCACUCAGCGUGAUGGCGCUGGAGCUUGCUCAUGCUUAGAAGGUUAUUUUGGCAAUCCAUACGAAGGAUGUCGUCCAGAAUGCGUUCUGAGUUCAGAUUGUUCAGCGGAUAAGGCGUGUAUUCGAAAUAAAUGUGCAGACCCUUGUCCCGGAAUUUGUGGCUCUAACGCCGAAUGCACUGUCAUAAACCACGUUCCAUCUUGUGCGUGUGUUAAGGGCUAUUCCGGAAAUCCGUUUGAACAGUGUGCGAAGAAUGAAGAAGGCCCAAUUAGACCGUGCCAGCCAUCACCUUGCGGUCCCAACAGUAUUUGUAGAGAAAACGGUGGUCUAGCUUCUUGCGAAUGUCUUCCCGAUUAUAGGGGUGCACCACCAGAUUGUCGGCCUGAAUGCACAGUAAGCAGUGAAUGUCCAUCAGAUCGUGCUUGCCAUAAGUUGAAAUGUGCCGAUCCAUGCCGAGGCACUUGCGGUCUAGGUGCACACUGUCAAGUCAUCAAUCACAGUCCUUUAUGCAGCUGUCCAGCAGGAACUACUGGAGACGCAUUCAUUAGAUGUGUAGAACCCAUUGAAGACCAACCACCUCCACCAACACAGCCGUGUUAUCCAAACCCGUGUGGACCUUAUAGUGAAUGUCGUGUACUUAAUGGUAACCCAUCCUGCUCCUGCUUGCAAGGAUAUAUAGGCGGACCACCUAACUGCCGACCAGAAUGUCUAGUAAAUACUGACUGCCCUUCACACCAGGCAUGCAUAGCUGAAAAAUGCACUAAUCCAUGUGAUGGUUCCUGUGGAUUUAGAGCCGAAUGCAGAGUUCACGAUCACAUACCAAUAUGUAGUUGCCCAACAGGCUUUUCUGGAGAUCCGUUUAUACAGUGCUCUGAAUCUGUUAAUCCAACUCCUGCACCGGAUUUCUGCAAUCCAUCCCCCUGCGGAACUAAUGCAAUUUGUGACGCCGGUAUCUGUUCUUGUACUACUGGAUACUUUGGAGAUCCUUAUGUAGGAUGUCGAUUGGAAUGCAGCACUAACGGUGAAUGUUCUCCUACACGAACAUGUCAAGGAGGCAAAUGCGUAGACCCAUGCCCUGGAGCUUGUGGAACUCGUGCUGUAUGUUCUGUCAAUAACCACAUACCAUCAUGCUCUUGUCCUGCCGGUACAUCCGGAGAUCCGUUUUCAUUCUGUACAGAAACGCGACAACCACCAGGGCCUCCACAAUCACCAUGUUCACCGUCCCCAUGCGGUCCAUAUAGCGAAUGUACUGUUAGUGGUAAUGGGGCAGCUGCAUGUUCGUGCCGUCCCGGGCACGUGGGCUCUCCACCAUCUUGUCGGCCCGAGUGUCUCGUGAGUGCCGAGUGCAAGUUGCAAUUGGCGUGUAUUGACCGUAGAUGUCGCGACCCUUGCGAUGGCGCUUGUGGACGUGGUGCUCGAUGCCAAGUUGUAGCACAUUCACCAAUUUGCACUUGCCACGAUGGGUUAACUGGCGAUCCGUUUACAUACUGCUAUCCUGCGCCAGUGAGUGUACCACCGGAAGACCAAGAUCCAUGUCAACCUUCGCCUUGUGGACCAAAUUCAAUAUGUAUAAAAUCAGGAGAAACACCGGCUUGCAGUUGCCAACCAGGAUUCAUUGGUACUCCGCCAAAUUGCCGACCUGAAUGUACAAUCAGUGCCGAAUGUCCAGCGGCUCUUGCAUGUGUGAAUCAGCGUUGCAAGGAUCCGUGCUUGCAAGCAUGUGGCCUAAGAGCUGUUUGCUCAGUGGUUGACCAUCGUGCUUCCUGCGUCUGCGAACCUGGCCUCGAAGGAGACCCAUUCCAGGGUUGUACACCACCACGAGCUCCUUCUAUGAAUGAAUAUCUCAAUCCUUGUGAACCUUCCCCUUGUGGGGCGAACGCUCAGUGCAAGGUACAAGGAAAUGCGGGAUCUUGUACAUGCCUAAAUGAUUACACCGGAGAUCCAUAUCAAGGUUGCAGACCUGAAUGCGUAGCUGACUCUGACUGUCCUUUAACGUCCGCAUGUACUAAAAACAAAUGUACUGACCCAUGUCCUGGAGUGUGUGGAUAUAACUCAGAAUGUUAUGUAACAAAUCAUAAACCUGUAUGCCAAUGUAACGCAGGUUAUACAGGAAACCCAUUUUCAAUGUGUUCUCUGGUACCGGAUCGUGACAUACAAAUAAUAGACAAAUGCAGUCCAUCUCCGUGCGGCGCUAAUGCGAUUUGUAAGGAAGUUAAUGGACAGCCUGUGUGCUCAUGUUUAACGAACUAUAUAGGAAGUCCUCCGAACUGUAAACCCGAAUGCGUUGUGAAUUCGGAGUGUAAAACAAACAGAGCAUGUGUUAAUCAAAGAUGUGUAAAUCCUUGCCCGAAGCCUUGUGGGCAACAUACAGAUUGUAAAGUAAUAAAUCAUAGUCCAGUAUGUUCAUGUCGUCCCGGAUACUCUGGAAAUCCGUUUAUGGCAUGUGCGGCUGUAUCAUACAACCCACCGAAUAACCCGUCAACAGAUCCAUGUAUUCCGUCACCAUGUGGUUCUUAUGCAGAAUGCCGUAAUAUCAAUAGUUUACCUUCGUGUUCUUGUUUACCUUCGUACACGGGCUCACCACCAUUCUGUAAGCCGGAAUGUGUCAUAAAUUCUGACUGCCCCAGUGACAAGGCUUGUAUAGCUGAAAAGUGCCGAAAUCCUUGCGAAGGUUCUUGUGGUAUCUACGCAGAUUGCUUUGUUAACAAUCAUGUACCAGUAUGCUUGUGCCCAGAUGGAUAUUCUGGAGAUCCAUUCAGACAAUGCACAUUAAAACCAAUUCAAGGUGUAACUUCAUCACAUCCAUUCAAUCCAUGUGAACCGAGCCCAUGCGGUCCAAAUACCUUAUGCAACAAUGGAAUUUGUUCAUGUGUGACAGGUUAUCAUGGGGAUCCCAAUAUGGGGUGUCGUCCAGAAUGUGUUUAUAAUACAGACUGUCCUCCUGCUAAGGCAUGCCAAAACAACAAAUGCGUUAAUCCGUGUAUCGGAACUUGCGGAACGAAUGCAGUUUGCGAAGUCCUUAACCAUAUACCAAUGUGCACUUGCACGAAAGGUAUGAGUGGAAACGCGUUUGUGGAAUGUAGACCAACGCUAGUUGCACCGGCAAAUCCAUGUAAUCCAUCGCCAUGUGGACCUAACAGCCAAUGUCGUCAAUCAAAUGGACAAGCGAUAUGUUCUUGCGUGCCUGGUUUUAGAGGAAGUCCUCCAACAUGCAAACCAGAAUGUGUAGUCAGCUCUGAAUGUUCUUUGAAAGAAGCUUGCAACAAUCAAAAAUGCGUUAAUCCAUGUAUCGGAGCUUGUGGUGUUGCAGCAGUUUGUGAUGUUAUCAAUCACAAUCCUAUUUGUACAUGCCCGCCAUCAUUUUCAGGCGAUCCAUUCAUCAGAUGUACAAUUCGAUUGGCAGCCGAGGUUGAAGUUAAUCUAUGUGAACCGUCACCUUGUGGACCUAAUUCCGUCUGCAAAAUUACGGGAAACAGCUUUAUAUGUGCAUGUAUGCCUGAAUUCAAAGGUAUUCCACCAAAUUGCAGACCAGAAUGUAUCAGUAACAGUGAAUGUGCUUACAAUCUCGCAUGCCAGAAUCAAAAGUGUGUGGAUCCUUGUAUCGGUACUUGUGGCGCAAAUGCAGAAUGCCGGGUAGUGAGCCAUGCACCCAUGUGUAUAUGCCAAGUGGGUUAUAUCGGUGAUCCAUUUUCAUACUGUAGUCCUCAGACACUACCAGACACUAUUGAAGUAUUAACGCCAUGUAGCCCGAGUCCAUGUGGGUCUAAUGCCCGCUGCAGAGAGCAGAAUGGCGUUGGUGCAUGUCAGUGCUUAGAUGGCUAUUCCGGUAAUCCAUAUGAAGGAUGUAGACCAGAGUGUGUUGUUAAUUCAGAUUGUCCACUUAAUAGGGCUUGUUCUGGUAUGAAGUGUGUAGAUCCCUGUCCGGGUACUUGUGGAUUGAAUAGUUUCUGUCAAGUAACUAAUCAUAUGCCGAUCUGUACUUGCCAACAAGGUUACACCGGGAACCCAUUUAGCCACUGCACAAUCGUGUUGGAAUCACCUCCAUCAGAAAUUUCUCCUUGUAAUCCUUCACCAUGCGGCGCCAACAGUCAAUGCAAAGAUAUAAACAGACAAGCAGUUUGCUCUUGUUUACCAAACUUUGUUGGAUCACCGCCAAAUUGUCGACCAGAAUGUGUCGUUAGCUCCGAAUGCCCGUCAAACAUGGCAUGCACAAAUCAAAAAUGCUCCAACCCCUGUGUUUCCGCGUGUGGUGAAAAUGCCAACUGCAAUGUCAUCAACCAUAGUCCCAUCUGUGUAUGCAAACAAGGCUUGACAGGGAAUCCGUUCACUAGAUGUUAUCCAUUAAUAGUAUCACAACCACCACUUCCAACUGCGAAUCGCGACCCAUGUCUGCCGUCACCCUGUGGCUUAUAUGCAGAGUGUCGUGUUAUUGGAGGCGCUUCCUCGUGCGCAUGUCAACCAACUUAUACCGGAAAUCCACCUAACUGUAGACCAGAAUGCACAAUGAACUCAGAGUGCCCAAGUAACCUAGCGUGCAUGAAUGAGAAAUGCCGCGAUCCCUGUCCGGGAGCUUGUGGCCUCAACGCGGAAUGCACUGUAUACAACCACAUAGCUCAAUGUGGUUGCUUGGAGCGAUAUUCGGGUGAUCCAUUUACUCAAUGCUUGUUAAUGCCAGAAAAUGAUGAUACCUUUGAUUCCAACCCCUGUAACCCGUCGCCAUGCGGGCCAAACGCAGAAUGCAACAAUGGCAUUUGUGCAUGUAUUGCAAAUUAUCAGGGUGACCCAUACUUUGGAUGUAGACCACAAUGUCUUAUGAGUAGCGAUUGUCCCCAGACAAAAGCUUGUGUAGAAAAUAAAUGCGUAGAUCCUUGCGUUAACACCUGUGGCCGUAAUGCAAUAUGCAAUGUAUAUAAUCAUAUACCAAUGUGCACAUGUUUGCAAGGAUUUUCUGGGAAUGCCUUCUUAGAAUGCAGACCUGUGAUUAUCACUGACAUUGUAGAGCCAUGUAACCCAUCACCUUGUGGGCCCAACAGCCAAUGCAGAAGUAUAAAUGGUCAAGCUAUAUGUUCAUGCGUUCAGGGAUACCGAGGAGCGCCACCAACUUGUAGACCAGAUUGUGUUACGAGUGCAGAAUGUAACCUUAACCAAGCCUGCUCUAAUCAGCGUUGCAUUGAUCCAUGUAAAGGAACUUGUGGAAUUUCAGCACAAUGUCAGGUUAUAAAUCAUAAUCCUAUUUGCACUUGCCCUUCUGAUUUAACAGGGGAUCCAUUUUCAAGAUGUGUAAUUAGAGAAGAGGUACCGCCGCCAUAUGUGAAUCCGUGCGAACCAUCGCCGUGCGGCCCUAAUUCUAUAUGUAAAGAAACCAGUGGUUCUCCGUCAUGUGCUUGCCACGACAAUUUUAUGGGUUCCCCACCAAAUUGUCGGCCGGAAUGCAUUGCUAAUUCAGAAUGCACAAAUCAAUUGGCUUGUAUCAAUUAUAAAUGCAAGGAUCCUUGCCCUGGUUCUUGUGGAACAGGUGCAGAAUGUCAAGUGAUCAGUCACACUCCGCAAUGUUUGUGCCCGCCAGGCUUUACAGGAGACUCUUUUAUAGCAUGCAGAAUUCUAGACACUCCUCUACUACCGUGUUCACCCUCACCGUGUGGACCUAAUGCCGUAUGUAAAGAGCAACGAGGUGCUGGAGCAUGCAUAUGUCUACCCGAGUAUUUUGGUAAUCCGUACGAAGGUUGUCGCCCUGAAUGCGUGGUAAAUUCAGAUUGUGCCACCAACUUAGCAUGUAUUCAAAAUAAAUGUAAAAAUCCUUGCAACAACAAUUGUGGCAUUAAUGCGCAAUGUAAUGUUGUCAAUCAUGUGCCAACAUGUGAAUGUAUUAACGGCUUAAUUGGCAACCCUUAUCAACAGUGUUACGAAAAAAUCCAAGAUACACCGGCUAUACAAAUAAAUCCUUGCGUACCGUCACCAUGUGGACCGAACAGCAUAUGUAAAGUGUCCAACGAUCAAGCAGUGUGUACAUGUAAUUCAGGAUAUUUAGGAACACCACCUGCAUGUAGGCCAGAAUGCGUCACAAGCUCUGAGUGUAACCAGCAGCAAGCGUGCAUACGACAGAAAUGUACCAACCCAUGCACCGGCGUUUGUGGACUCAACACAGAAUGCAAAGUUAUAAAUCACAGCCCUAUUUGUUCCUGUCAACCAACCUAUACGGGUGACCCGUUCAGUCGAUGCUAUCAGAUUCCAACUGCCGAUGUCAUUGUUUCAAGCAAUCCAUGUGUGCCUUCACCGUGUGGUCCUUUCUCUGAAUGCCACGAUGUAAAUGGCGUGCCGUCAUGCGCUUGUUUGCCACGAUACACUGGAAGCCCUCCGAAUUGUCGCCCAGAGUGCACACUUAAUUCUGAUUGUGCAAGUGACAAAGCUUGCAUUAACGAAAUAUGCGUGGAUCCCUGUCCAGGCUCAUGUGGCAUAAAUGCAAUCUGUAGAGUCCAAAGUCACUUGGCAAUUUGUACUUGUAUAGAAAACUACGAAGGUGAUCCUUUCAAUCAAUGCUCUGUCAAAGUGCAACAAGAUCUUGUACCAAAUGAUCCGUGCAAUCCUUCUCCUUGUGGUUCUAACGCUGUUUGUAAUAAUGGAAUAUGUACCUGCAUACCAGAAUAUAAUGGUGAUCCUUACUUUGGAUGUCGCCCUGAAUGUACCAUCAGCUCAGAUUGCCCAAUGGAUAAAACAUGUGUCCGAAACCGUUGUGUCGAUCCAUGUGUUAGCACGUGCGGUACAAAUGCGCUUUGUCAAGUGGUUACUCACAUGGCGAUUUGCUCAUGUCCACCUCAAACCACAGGAAACGCUUUUGUACAAUGUGAUCCUGUCAAAGCGCAACCACCUAAGAACCCAUGCCAACCUUCGCCCUGUGGCCCUAACAGCCAAUGCAGAGUAUUUAGUGAUCAAGCAGUGUGCUCAUGUUUACUUGGUUAUCGUGGUGCACCACCGUCGUGCCGGCCUGAAUGCGUUUCCAGUUCCGACUGCCCACUUGACAAGGCCUGUGGCAACCAGAAAUGCAUAAAUCCUUGUCAAGGCACAUGUGGUGUGGGUGCUCAGUGUCAAGUGAUUAAUCACAAUCCCAUAUGUUCCUGCCCAUCAUCCAUGACGGGUGAUGCUUUCACAAGAUGCAUACCGAUGCCGGCUCAACCACCAUUGCCUAUCAACCCCUGUCAGCCAUCACCGUGUGGUCCCAAUUCCAUAUGUCAGCAAACUGGUGGAAAUAUACCAUCUUGUCAAUGCAUGCCUGAAUUUAUUGGAUCACCGCCGAACUGUCGUCCUGAAUGUAUUGCUAACAGCGAGUGCGCUCCACAAAUGGCGUGCAUUAACAGAAAAUGCCAAAAGCCAUGUUUAAAUGCCUGCGGAAUAAACGCAGAAUGUCAAGUUGUUAGUCACACUUCUAUAUGUAAAUGUCCGGAGGGCUAUUAUGGCGACGCGGCAGUGCAGUGUACUCCUCAGUCUUUGAAACCAGUGGCUCAGUUAUCUCCUUGUUCUCCUUCUCCGUGCGGGCCCAAUGCUGAAUGUAGAGAGCGUUCAGGUGCUGGGGCCUGUGUUUGCAUUACAGGGUACUUCGGUGACCCAUAUGAAGGAUGCCGUCCCGAAUGUGUCGUAAGCACCGACUGUCCGAGCCACAGAGCUUGCACUAGAAAUAAAUGUAUAGAUCCAUGUCCGGGUACUUGUGCACCGAAUGCUAAAUGCCAAGUAGUAAACAACUUGCCGUUGUGUACAUGCCCAUCUGGCUUUACUGGCGACCCUUUCAGACAAUGUGUCCUACAAUAUUUUGAUAACUUACCUCCUCCAACUCCAUGUCAACCUUCUCCAUGUGGGCCUAAUAGUCAAUGUCGAGUAACAAAUGGCCAGAGCAUGUGUUCUUGCUUACCUGAAUACAGGGGUUAUCCUCCAAAUUGUAGACCAGAGUGCGUAGUGAAUUCAGAAUGUCCGUCUGACAAAACAUGUAGAAAUCAGAAAUGUGAAUCACCUUGUCCGGGACCAUGCGGACAAAACUCAGAUUGUAGAGUUGUAAACCACAGUCCAAUAUGCACGUGCCAAAACAAGUACACGGGAGAUCCAUUCUCUAGAUGUUACUUGUUCAUAGCACCGGCAGUAUUCACGCCUGAGCAAGAUCCAUGCGUACCUUCACCGUGCGGUCCCAAUUCGCUGUGCAGAAAUUUGAACGGUAUUCCGUCAUGCUCGUGUUUACCAAAUUUCGAAGGCAGUCCUCCUAACUGCAAGCCCGAGUGCACAAUUAAUGAAGAAUGUCCCAGUAACCUAGCAUGUACCAACCAGAAAUGUAGAGAUCCAUGUCCUGGCUCAUGCGGUCUAAAUGCAAUAUGCCAGGUCGUCAAUCAUUUUUCGGUUUGUUCGUGCAACCAAGGGUACACAGGAAAUGCUUUUACGCAAUGCAAUCCCAUUCCCGUCCAAGAACAUGAUGAUCCAUGCAAUCCUUCGCCGUGUGGUGCAAAUGCAGUAUGCUCAAACGGCCAAUGCAGUUGUAUCGCGGAAUUCCGUGGCGAUCCUUACACGGGAUGCAGGCCCGAAUGUGUGCAGAGCUCGGACUGUGAGAAAAAUUUGGCCUGUUUGAAAAAUAAAUGUAAGGAUCCUUGCCCGGGCACCUGCGCUGUUAACGCUAUAUGCACCGUGGUUAACCAUAUACCGAUGUGCUCUUGUCCUGACAGGAUGACUGGAAACGCACUUGUAGAUUGUCGGCCUGUUGUAGAACCGGUUAUUACAAAUCCCUGCCAACCAUCUCCGUGUGGACCAAACAGUCUGUGCAGGAAUGUAAAUGGGCAAGCCGCCUGCUCGUGCGCUCCGAACAACAUCGGGUCACCUCCUUCUUGUCGCCCAGAAUGUAUCAUUAGCGCUGAGUGUACACUCAACCAAGCAUGUAGUAAUCAACGUUGUGUCAAUCCGUGCAUCGGGUCCUGUGGUGUAAAUGCAGAAUGCAAAGUUGUAAACCACAAUCCGAUUUGCUCAUGUCCCGCAACCUACACAGGGAAUCCAUUCUCACGAUGCUUUAAACAACCCGAACAAAUACCAGAGCCCGUUAAUCCAUGCACACCAUCACCAUGCGGACCUUACUCUUUAUGCAAAGAAGUAAAUGGAGCACCAUCAUGUACCUGCUUAGACGGUUACCAGGGGUCAGCCCCGUAUUGUCGACCUGAGUGUAUCAGCAGCGAAGAAUGUUCCCUACACCUGUCAUGCAUAAAUAACAAAUGUAAAAAUCCAUGUGAGGGCGUUUGUGGUUCUAAUGCCGAAUGUAGAGUGGUUAGUCAUUCGCCUAAUUGUAUAUGCCCGUUCGGAUAUACGGGAGAUCCUUUUGUGGCAUGUCAACCAACUCCACUUCAAAUAGAGCCUCCUGCAACACCCUGCUUACCUUCACCUUGCGGUGUAAAUGCCGUUUGCAGAGAAAGAAAUAGUGCCGGAUCAUGUUCCUGCUUAGAAGGUUAUAUUGGGAACCCGUAUGAAGGCUGUCGUCCAGAAUGCGUUGUUAAUACUGACUGUCCAUUAAAUGAAGCAUGCUUAAACAAUAAAUGUGCUGAUCCGUGCCCGGGCACCUGCGGCACUAAUGCAGAAUGUCAAGUGGUGAAUCACUCCCCUUUAUGCACAUGCAUAAAUAGUUACACGGGGGAUCCAUUUAGGUACUGCGUUUAUCAGGAACCGCACGUGCUACCACCAACGAUUGAUGUUUGUUAUCCAUCGCCUUGCGGGCCAAACAGUCAAUGUAAAUCAGUUAACAAUCAGGCUGUAUGUUCUUGUCUACGGGAGUAUGUGGGCUCGCCACCUAAUUGCCGACCUGAAUGCGUCGUUAGCACAGAGUGCCCUCACAAUAAGGCGUGUGUCAACAACAAGUGCAUAAACCCAUGCCCAAAGCCAUGUGGAGUCAAUGCUAACUGCAAAGUGGUUAACCAUAGCCCUAUAUGUUCUUGUAAAGCAUCUUACACGGGAGACCCGUUUACAAUUUGCACCUUUGUCCAAUAUGAUGUACAACCACCGGUUUCUGAUAAUCCUUGCAUUCCAUCACCUUGUGGUCCUAACGCAGAAUGUCGUAACAUACAAAAUACACCAUCGUGCUCGUGUAUGGUCAACUUUAUUGGUAGUCCACCCAACUGCAGACCCGAAUGUACUAUUCAUGCUGACUGUCAAAGUGAUCGUGCGUGUAUGAACUCAAAAUGUCAAGAUCCUUGCCCGGGAGCUUGCGGAGUCUACGCCACAUGCAAUGUCCUAAAUCAUAUUCCUAUAUGUACAUGUAUCGAAGGAUACAUUGGAGAUCCAUUCACGAGCUGCAGAGUAAAGCCUUUGGAAGACAAACCUCUUAUCACCGAUGCUUGUGCUGACGUGCGUUGCGGUUCAAACGCAAAGUGCCUAAGCGGCCAGUGCCAAUGUUUACCACAAUUUCACGGAGACCCUUACUUUAACUGCCGCCCUGAGUGUGUUUAUAGCACCGAUUGUGACCAAAACAAAGCAUGUGUUCAAAGGAAAUGUGUCGACCCAUGUAUUGGUGCUUGUGGCCAAAAUGCCAUAUGCACUGUUGUAAACCAUAUCCCCAUGUGCAGCUGCAACAAUGGUUUCGCUGGCAAUGCAUUUGUACUUUGCAAGCCAAUGAGAGCACCAUCGGUAGAAAAUCCAUGCAGUACGGCAGUCUGUGGACCAAACAGUCAAUGCAGGGAAAUAAGCUAUCAAGCUGUUUGUUCUUGUUUACCUUCUUACCUAGGCAUCCCGCCAGCCUGCAGGCCUGAAUGUGUGGUAAACGCGGAGUGCUUACAGAACCAAGCAUGUAUGGGACAGAAAUGUGUAGAUCCGUGCAUUGGAGCUUGCGGACUAAGAGCAACAUGCAAAGUUAUAAAUCACAAUCCUGUAUGCACGUGUCCAUCAUCAUACUCAGGCAACCCAUUCGUACAGUGUACUUUAGUGUUCAGUACGCCUCAGGUUGUGAACCCAUGUCAACCAUCGCCAUGUGGCCCCAAUUCAAUCUGCCAGGAAGUUAAUGAAAGUCCAUCGUGUACAUGUAUGCCUAAUUACAAGGGCCAACCACCCUACUGUAGACCAGAAUGUAUUAGCAAUAGUGAAUGUGCAUCACACUUGGCUUGUGUCAAUCAGAAAUGCAGAGAUCCAUGUGUUGGUGCCUGUGGAUCGAAUGCUGAAUGUAGAGUUGUCAGCCAUUCAGCAAUGUGCGUAUGUACACAAGGCUAUGUUGGUGAUCCCUUCUCUGAAUGCACGUUGCAACCCCCAACUGAAAUAUUAAGACCUUGCACGCCCUCACCUUGCGGUUCGAAUGCAGUAUGCAAGGAACAAAAUAAUGUGGGCUCAUGUAUGUGCAAUGAAGGCUAUUUUGGAAACCCAUACGAAGGAUGUCGUCCAGAAUGCGUGACUAAUUCUGACUGUCCCGGAAAUAAAGCUUGUAUUGGAAACAAGUGCCAAGAUCCAUGCCCUGGCACAUGUGGAAUUAAUGCGGAAUGUUCAGUCAUUAAUCAUUCUCCUAAUUGCGUUUGUAUUGCGGGAUACACUGGUAAUGCUUUACGCAUCUGUAAUAUUUCUCCUCAAGAUACACCUAUAAGAAACAUAUGUUCCCCUAGCCCAUGCGGACCGAACAGCCAAUGUCGCGAGAUUAAUAAUCAGGCUGUUUGUAGUUGUUUACCCGACUACACCGGCGAACCGCCUUCUUGCAAACCUGAAUGUUUAUUAAGCUCUGAUUGUGCAUCAGACAGAACAUGCAUCAAUAAAAAAUGCGUUAAUCCUUGUCCUGGACCUUGUGGCCAGAAAGCAGAAUGCAAAGUAUUCAACCAUAAUCCAAUUUGUAGCUGUUUAUCAGGCUUUACUGGAGACCCAUUUACAAGAUGUUAUGCAAAGCCAGUGACACAGCCGACAGUCGUGGAAAGAGACCCGUGCGUACCAUCACCGUGUGGUAUAUAUGCAUCUUGUCGCAACAAUGGCGGGCAAGCAUCUUGCUCGUGUUCUCCAGGAUACUUUGGAAGCCCUCCCAACUGCCGGCCAGAGUGCAUCACCAAUCAAGAUUGCGUUAGCUCUCUUGCGUGCAUCAACGAAAAAUGCAGAGAUCCUUGCACUGGAGCAUGUGGCCAAAACGCACGUUGUUCCGUUUUAAAUCAUAUUUCUAUGUGCACAUGUAUAGAAGGCUUCAAAGGCGAUCCUUUCACUGCUUGCAAUAUUAUACAAGAAGAUCCUACACCAACGGAUUUAUGUAACCCAUCGCCUUGUGGUCCCAAUGCAGAGUGUAAUAAUGGAAAUUGUAGAUGUUUACCUGAAUACGGUGGAGAUCCUUAUAUUGGUUGUCGACCACAGUGUACCAUAAGUACGGACUGUCAAAGAAACCAAAUUUGUAUCAACAAGAAAUGUGUAAAUCCAUGCCCCGAUACAUGUGGUAGCAACGCAAUAUGCGAAGUCAUCACCCAUGUACCCAUGUGCAGUUGUCCACCAGGUUUCACGGGAAACUCGUUCGUUACCUGUAAUACUGUUCAAACGCCAUUAUCUACAAUGCCAUGUAAUCCGAGUCCUUGCGGUCCGAAUAGCCAAUGCCGGGAAAUAAAUAACGUAGCGGUUUGCUCUUGUCUGCCUGGCUUUUCUGGAAAUCCUCCCACAUGCAGGUCCGAGUGCACAACAAGCGCCGAAUGCGCAUUGAACAAGGCUUGUAACAACUACAAAUGUGUGAAUCCAUGCAUCGGAGCUUGUGGUAUACGGGCACAUUGCGAAGUUGUCAACCAUAAUCCCAUUUGUUCUUGUCCAAACGAACUCACGGGUGACCCAUUCUCCAGGUGUAUUCCAAGACCACUGGAUAUCCCACCUCAAGUUAAUCCAUGCCAGCCUUCACCGUGUGGGCCCAACGCAGUUUGUCAAACUAUAAAUGAUUCACCGUCGUGUUCUUGUCUGCCACAAUUUAUCGGAUUACCACCCAAUUGUCGCCCUGAAUGCUCUAGUAACAGCCAGUGUUCUAAUAAUUUAGCGUGUAUUAAUAACAAGUGCGCCGAUCCUUGCAUAGGUGCUUGUGGCACGAUGGCUGAAUGUAGAGUUGUUAGUCAUACGCCGAACUGUGUGUGCCCUCAGGGAUAUAUGGGUGAUCCAUUUGUUUUGUGCCGUGUGCAAGUUGAUACUGAACAACCACCGCAGCCCUGUACUCCGUCACCUUGCGGAAGCAAUGCGGUGUGCAAGGAACGAAACAACGCUGCCUCAUGUGUUUGUGCAUCAGAAUAUAUUGGAAACCCUUACGAAGGAUGCCGACCUGAAUGCUCGGUUAAUACCGACUGUCCAUCUGAUAGAAUAUGUCAGCAAAACAAAUGUCGAGAUCCUUGUCCUGGCACUUGUGGAGUAAACGCCCAAUGUCAAGCGAUUAAUCACUCUCCGACUUGUACCUGCCUGCAAGAAUUUACUGGAAACCCCUUCCAGAAUUGCGUUCCUAUACGACCUGUAGAACACAGAAACCCUUGUUCUCCAUCGCCGUGUGGUCCCAACAGUGCCUGCAAAGUAAUAAACGAUCAAGCAGUUUGCUCUUGUCAGCCCGAAUAUCAGGGAUCUCCACCAAACUGCAGACCGGAAUGCAUUAUCAGUGCCGAGUGUCCGACAAAUAUGGCUUGCCUUCGUCAGAAAUGUACAGAUCCUUGCAUAGGCCAAUGCGGACAGAAUGCUAGAUGUCACGUUAUAAACCAUAGUCCAAUAUGUUCCUGCAUCGACCAAUAUACCGGUGAUCCUUUCAGCCGCUGCUACUUAAUGACCGUCCCCGUGGAAUUUAAACCCCAGGAUCCAUGCUUACCUUCUCCUUGCGGAUCUUUCAGUCAGUGUAGAGAUAUAGGCGGUAUCCCGUCAUGCACUUGUUUGCCUACCUAUAUAGGUGCUCCACCGCAGUGUCGACCCGAGUGUACAAUAAAUUCGGAUUGUCCCAGUAAUACAGCAUGCAUCAAUCAAAAAUGCAGAGACCCUUGUCCAGGAUCAUGUGGCUUAAAUGCACGUUGUUUAAUUCAAAAUCAUACUCCCAUAUGUACGUGCAUCGAUAAUUAUGUUGGCGAUGCCUUCACUGAAUGUAAAUUACAAGUUCCAUCUCAGGACGAAAUCGACCCUUGUAAUCCUUCACCUUGUGGAGCAAAUGCAGUAUGCAAUAACGGACUGUGCACAUGUAUCCCGGAAUAUCAAGGGGAUCCGUACUUUGAAUGUCAUCCUGAAUGCAUUUUGAGUUCUGAUUGUUCUCAAGACAAAGCAUGUAUGCAUAACAAAUGCGUUAAUCCGUGUAAUAGUGGUGUAUGCGCGAGCAAUGCGAUAUGUGAAGUUAUCAGACAUAUACCGAUGUGCCGAUGUCCUGAAGCUAUGACUGGGAAUGCUUUUAUUCAAUGCACACCCAUGGAAGUUGUUAAGCCAGAGCCGUGCCAACCCAGCCCUUGUGGGCCUAAUAGCCAAUGCCGCAAUAUUAACGGACAACCAGUGUGCUCUUGCGUAACAGGAUUUAUCGGAAGUCCACCAUCAUGCAGACCUGAGUGUACUGUCAGCUCCGAUUGCUUACCGAACGAAGCCUGUAGUAACAAUAAAUGUAUUAAGCCAUGUCAAGGUGCAUGUGGAGUAGAGGCAAUAUGUCAAGUAAUCAAUCACAAUCCUAUAUGCUCUUGUCCAACUUCAUAUACUGGAAAUCCAUUUAUAAGAUGCAUCGCCCAGCUGUUCGAACAGGAACCAGUAAAUCCUUGUAUUCCGACACCCUGUGGACCUAAUUCGAUAUGUAAAGAAACCUCAGGAUCACCUUCAUGUUCCUGCCAAAAAGGAUUCAUUGGAUCUCCGCCUUACUGUAAACCAGAAUGUAUUAGUAACACAGAAUGCCCUACUCAUCAAGCUUGCAUCAAACAAAAAUGUCUAGACCCGUGCAUUGGUUCUUGCGGAGUGAAUGCUCAAUGUCACGUAAUCAGCCAUUCUCCGGCAUGCUCUUGCUUACCAGGAUACACAGGAAAUCCAUUCUUUGAAUGUCAUACACAAUUGCCAGAGCAAGACUUUACAUCUCCUUGUCAACCGUCUCCAUGUGGUGCUAAUGCAAUUUGCAAAGAACUGAAUGGUGCUGGAUCAUGCACUUGUCAACCAAAUUAUUUCGGAAACCCAUAUGAAGGAUGCAGUCCUGAAUGUUUAAUUAAUACUGAUUGUCCAUCGAACAAAGCCUGCUUACAGAAUAACUGUCGUGAUCCAUGUCCGGGCGCGUGUGCACCGAACGCUUUGUGCCAAGUGGUCAAUCAUGCUCCACAAUGUUCAUGUCAAGGAGGUUUUACGGGCGAUCCAUUCCGCUACUGUGUACCUGAGAUUCAAUAUGAUACACAUAAAGAUGUAUGUCGCCCAUCACCUUGUGGACCAAACAGCAGAUGCAAAGAAGUAAAUCAGCAAGCUGUGUGUUCUUGUUUACCCGAAUACAUUGGAACACCUCCAGGAUGUCGUCCAGAGUGCACUACUAGUGCUGAAUGUUCGAAAGACAAGGCCUGCAUCAAUCGAAAAUGUCAAGCUCCGUGCAUUAAUGCAUGUGGCAUAAAUUCUGAUUGUAGAGUUAUUAAUCAUAGUCCAAUCUGCCAAUGUAAACCAAGAUAUACAGGAGAUCCCUUCGCAAGGUGUUCGCCUAUACCUCCACCAGUUGCAAACGCUGAGCUGGAGCCAUAUAGGAAUCCAUGCGUACCAUCCCCUUGCGGGCCUAAUGCGGUGUGCCACGAUAUUGGAAAUAUACCCUCGUGUGCAUGUAUGCCAACUUAUGUUGGCAGUCCUCCUAAUUGCAGACCAGAAUGUACUAUAAAUUCUGAAUGUCCUACAUCUCAAGCGUGCAUCCAACAGAAAUGCCGCGACCCAUGUCCUGGUUCUUGCGGUAUUAGUGCUAUAUGUACCGUAACUCAAAACAAUCCAAUAUGCACGUGCCUUGAAGGUUAUGCCGGCGACGCAUUUACAUCCUGCGCUCCUAAACCACAAGUAUAUUCUGAUAUUGUCGAUAAAUGCAAUCCAUCACCAUGCGGAUCCAAUGCAAUUUGUAACGACGGUAUAUGCACGUGCACAUCUGAGCAUCAAGGAGACCCGUACGUAGGCUGCCGACCCGAGUGUGUCUUGAGCACUGACUGUCCAAGAGAUAAAGCGUGCUCAAAGAAUAAAUGCAUUAAUCCAUGCUUAGGCACUUGUGCAGCCACUGCUAUUUGUGACGUAAUCAAUCACGUGCCUAUGUGUAGCUGUCCUCAGAGAAUGACAGGAAAUGCAUUCUACGACUGUACGGCAAUCCAAGUGCUAAUACCGACAAACCCCUGCCGACCCUCUCCAUGUGGUCCAAACAGUCAAUGCCGAGAAAUUAAUGGACAAGCAGUCUGCAGUUGCGUAUCAGGCUACAUUGGCAGCCCUCCGCUUUGUCGACCAGAGUGUACAGUCAGUUCAGACUGCCCAUUGAAUCGAGCCUGCAGCAAUCAGAAAUGCAUCGAUCCUUGUGCGGGAGCCUGCGGAGUCGAAGCAAAGUGCGAAGUGGUGAAACACAACCCGAUCUGUACUUGUCAAAGAAUGUACACGGGAAAUCCAUUUGUGCGAUGCGUACCCUUCGCUCCCACGCAAGACCCUGUAGCUCCAUGCACGCCUUCGCCGUGUGGCCCGAAUUCUAUCUGUAAGGAAACUUCAGGGACACCAUCGUGCACUUGCAUGCCUAACUUCUUCGGAUCACCACCAUAUUGCAGACCUGAAUGUUCUAGUAACAGCGAAUGCCCACCCAACAAAGCCUGCAUCAAUUCAAAAUGUUCAGACCCGUGUAUCAAUGCAUGUGGUACUAAUGCGCAAUGCAGAACGAUAAGCCAUUCUCCAAUGUGUUUCUGCGAUAAUGGUUUUACUGGCGACGCCUUUUCUAACUGCUAUGUUCAAGAUGUAAUACAAGAAAUACCAACUCCUUGUGAUCCAACACCUUGUGGUGCUAAUGCAGUGUGCAAAGAAUUGAACUUCGCUGGAUCAUGUACUUGUCUGCCAGACUAUAUAGGGAAUCCAUAUGAAGGAUGUCGACCCGAAUGCACAGUUAAUACUGACUGUACGUCAAACAAAGCUUGCAUACGUAAUAAAUGUCAAGACCCUUGUCCAGGCACAUGUGGAACGAUAGCGACAUGUACUGUCGUUAAUCACUUACCAUCUUGUACUUGCUUGCCUGGAUUUACUGGUGACCCGUAUCGGCAGUGCCUGAUUCAGAAUGAAGCUACACCGGAACCUGUUACUCCAUGUGUACCAAAUCCGUGUGGACCAAACAGCGUCUGUCGGGCAGUAAAUGGACAAAGCGCUUGUUCGUGUAUGGCUAGCUACAUCGGUUCGCCACCUGGUUGUAGACCUGAGUGUACCGUUAGCUCGGAAUGUUCUACCAAUAGAGCAUGCAUUGAUCAGAAAUGUGCUGAUCCAUGCCCCGGACGUUGUGGUUUAAACUCAGACUGCAGAGUUAUUAAUCAUAGUCCUCUGUGCUCAUGUUCGCCUGGAUUCACAGGCGAUCCAUUCACCCGCUGCUAUCCGCAACAACCAUUGCAAUUACCACCAGAAUCGACGAGAAACCCAUGCGUCCCAAAUCCUUGUGGAGACAAUUCAAUUUGUCGAGAAAUAAAUGGAGGUCCAUCUUGCAGUUGUAUGCCACAAUAUCAAGGACUGCCUCCUAAUUGUAGACCUGAAUGUGCUAUUAACCAGGACUGCCCGUCUAACAUGGCAUGCAUAAAUAUGAAAUGCCGUGAUCCAUGUCCAGGAAGCUGCGGAGAAAACGCGAUAUGCACAGUCUUUAAUCAUUCUCCGUCUUGCACAUGCUCUCAAGGUUAUAGUGGCGAUUCGUUUGUUGCCUGUAGACCAAUUCCACCGGAAAGGGAUGAAUUACCAUCUGAUCCUUGUAAUCCUUCACCGUGUGGUAUCAACGCCCAAUGCAGAAAUGGGGAAUGCACGUGUAUUAGUGACUACCAGGGAGAUCCAUAUUUCGCUUGCAAACCCGAAUGCGUAUCGAGUACAGACUGUGCUCCGGACAGAGUUUGUUCCAGGAACAAAUGUAUCAAUCCAUGCCCUGCAAUGUGUGCAGCAACCGCUCAAUGUAACGUUUAUAAUAACAUACCAAUUUGCACAUGUCCAGAAGGUACUUCAGGAAAUGCAUUUACUGGAUGCCAUACAAUCACAGUGUCUUUGGUCGAACCGUGUAAUCCAAGUCCAUGCGGUCCGAAUAGCCAAUGCCGUUCAAUCAAUAAUCAAGCAGUAUGUUCUUGUUUACCUACGUUUAUUGGGAACCCGCCAUCAUGCCGACCGGAAUGCACUAUCAGCGCCGAAUGUCCGCAGAAUGAAGCUUGCAACAAUCAUAAAUGUAUCAACCCGUGUGUUGGUGCUUGCGGCUAUGCAGCUAAAUGUGAAGUUAUAAAUCACAACCCGAUAUGUUCGUGUCCAAACCAAUAUACAGGAAAUCCAUUUACUCAAUGCACUCCAAUACCUGCCAUGCCAAUACCGCAGGGAGACCCAUGUACGCCUUCUCCAUGUGGACCGUAUUCGGUUUGCAAAGUGAUUGGAGAGUCGCCAUCAUGUACAUGUCAACCCGAUUACUUAGGCCAACCUCCCAGUUGUCGUCCAGAGUGUGUCAGUAAUUCAGAAUGUAGAAGCGAUUUAACAUGCAUUUAUCAAAAAUGCAAAAAUCCCUGCCCGGGUAGUUGUGGAUAUAAUGCAGACUGUAAAAUUAUUAGCCAUGCUAUGGUCUGCACCUGUCCUUUCGGCUUAUCUGGAGAUCCUCUUGUUUCCUGUAAUUCUAUUCCAGAUUCCAUCGUUUAUGAUUCUCCUUGUGAGCCAUCGCCGUGUGGACUUAACGCAGAGUGUUCUGAACGAAACGGAGCGGGCGCAUGCAGAUGUAUUGAAUCGUAUGUCGGUAACCCAUACGAAGGAUGUCGCCCAGAAUGUGUCAUAAAUACAGACUGCCCACCCAUGUUAGCUUGCAUUCAAAACAAGUGCAAAAAUCCUUGCCCUGGUGUAUGUGGAUCAAAUGGUAUUUGUCAAGUUGUGAAUCAUCUACCCACAUGUUAUUGUCCUCCAGGACUAACUGGCAAUCCAUACUCCUACUGCGUACCACAAUUGGAAGAUGAAAUUAAACCGGCGCCGUGCACUCCAUCUCCAUGCGGACCGAAUAGUCAAUGUCGAGAGGUGAACUCUCAAGCAGUAUGCAGCUGCUUAUCAGAAUUUAUCGGUUCUCCACCAAACUGCCGGCCGGAAUGCACGAUUAAUAGCGAAUGUCAGACAGAUAAAGCAUGCAUAAAUCGCAAGUGCGUUGAUCCCUGUGUUGGUCAAUGUGCUAGAAAUGCUAAUUGUAGGGUAAUAUCACAUAAUCCGAUAUGCUCCUGCCAAGAACGGUUUACUGGAGAUCCUUUUACCAACUGUAUGCCAAUUGUAGAGUCGAUUUCACCGCCACCUGCAGAAGUCAACCCGUGCAUCCCGUCGCCGUGUGGACCGAAUUCAGAAUGCCAAGUAUACGGAGGCAGCGCUCGAUGCAUCUGUUUACCGAACUACAUAAGUUCACCACCUCGAUGCAGGCCGGAAUGUGUGACCAGCGCGGAAUGUAGUGCUGCAACUGCUUGCAUUAACAACCGCUGCGCGGAUCCAUGUCCCGGAGCUUGUGGUCUUCGUGCCCAAUGCAGCGUCGUUAACCACAUGCCGAUCUGUUUAUGUACACCUGGCAACACUGGGGAUCCGUUCGUUGCCUGUCACUAUAUGCCGCCCGAAGUUUCAAUAGAUCCGUGUUCUCCUUCUCCAUGUGGUUCUAAUGCAGUCUGUCGAGAUGGCACCUGUACAUGUUUACCUGAAUAUCAAGGUGAUCCUUAUUUCGGUUGCCAUCCUGAAUGCGUUUUGAACACCGAAUGUCCACGCGACAAAGCAUGUAUGAACAAUAAAUGCAAAGAUCCUUGCGUUGGAACAUGUGGCAGCGGCGCUAUUUGUGAAGUUUUCAAUCAUAUUCCUAUGUGCUCUUGCCCACCGAGCUAUACCGGAUCGCCAUUCUCGUACUGUACUGAAGUUAUUGACAUGCCAACCAACUUAUGUCAACCGUCCCCGUGUGGGCCCAACAGUCAGUGCAGAGAAGUAAAUGGAAACGCGGUGUGCGUUUGUAUUCAAGGCUACAUAGGUAGCCCUCCAAAUUGUCGACCAGAAUGUACAAUAAGCGCCGAAUGUGCAUUAAAUCGAGCUUGCUCUAAUCAAAAGUGCAUUGAUCCAUGCCCAGGAGCAUGCGGUCGUAACACUCAAUGCAUAGUGGUGAACCACAAUCCAGUGUGUACUUGUUUGACUGGAUAUUCCGGCGAUCCAUUUUCAUAUUGCCAAUUUAUUCCUCCAGCACCGCCAGUGAAGGUCAAUCCAUGCCUACCGUCUCCUUGUGGACCAAAUUCGCAAUGCAAUGAAAAUGGUGAAAAUUACGUUUGCACGUGCUUACCCGAAUUUGUUGGUACACCACCCAAUUGCCGACCCGAAUGUACUAGUAACACUGAAUGUGCUUUGAAAAUGGCAUGUAUCAAUAGGAAAUGUGUAGACCCUUGCAUCGGUUCAUGCGGCUUGAACGCUGAAUGUAGAGUUGUAAGCCAUACACCGAUAUGCUUAUGUCAAAAUGGAUAUACUGGUGAUCCGUUCCUUACGUGUACUUACCUUGAAGUUGUUGCUACGGAACUGGAACGCACUACACCGUGCAUUCCUUCACCAUGCGGUGUCAACGCAGAAUGCCGUGAACAAUACAACGCCGGGUCUUGUACUUGCCUAGAAGGUUAUUUCGGAAACCCAUACGAGGCCUGUAAACCAGAAUGCGUACUUAACUCGGACUGUCCGGCCAAUCUAGCUUGCCGAAAUAAUAAAUGCUAUGAUCCCUGUCCUGGCACUUGCGGACUAAAUGCGCUAUGCAAUGUAAUCAAUCAUAUUCCGAGCUGCUCUUGUUUAGACCAACACUACGGGGAUCCUUACAAAAUAUGCACAUUUAAGCUUCAAUCUGAAAUACAUGAUCCUUGUGAUCCGUCACCAUGCGGGCCUAAUAGUCAAUGCAGGUCUCAGAAUGGGUUGUCUAUCUGCACGUGCUUGGAUGGAUACCAAGGAUCACCUCCAAUGUGCCGGCCAGAAUGUUUAACUAGCUCCGAAUGUUCCAUGGAUAAGGCCUGUGAAAACCUUAAGUGUAUGAAUCCAUGCCCGAAAGGCUGCGGUGUUAAUUCAGACUGCAGAGUUAUUAAGCAUAACGCCAUUUGUACAUGCAGACAAGGUUAUACUGGAGAUCCAUUCUCACAAUGUUACGUGUCUCCAAUACCAGAACGGCCGCUUAUGGAUCCGGUUAACCCAUGCAUACCUUCGCCAUGUGGUUCGAACGCUAUAUGCCGUGACAUCGGUGGCCUCCCUUCGUGUACAUGCAAUGUUGGAUACCUUGGCAGCCCACCGAACUGCAAACCGGAAUGUGUUGUAAAUGCCGAUUGUAGCAAUGACAGAGCUUGCAUAAACAUGAAAUGUGAAAAUCCAUGUUUAGGUUCAUGCGGAGUAAAUGCUGUAUGCAAUGUGGUUAAUCACGUGCCUAUGUGUUCGUGUCUAGAAGGAUAUCAAGGAGAUCCCUUUGCCAUUUGCAACCGUAAACAUUCAGAACCACCACAAAAGACAGAUCCUUGUAAUCCGACACCGUGUGGGGCAAAUGCUCAAUGCAAUAACGGCAUAUGCACAUGUCUCGCUGAAUACUCCGGGGAUCCAUAUUUCGGUUGCCGUCCUGAGUGCGUGCUGAGCUCAGACUGCCCUCUGGACAAGGCUUGCGUGCGAUCCAAAUGCGUUGACCCAUGUCGAAACAUGUGCGGUGUGAAUGCCGAGUGCAACGUUUACAACCAUGUUGCAGUAUGCAGUUGCCCGGCUAGUAUGACGGGUAAUGCUUUCAGCCAAUGCAGCAUAAUCGAAAAGCCUACAAAUAGACCUUGUGAACUUUCUCCAUGCGGGCCUAACAGUAACUGCAGAGAAAUUAAUGAACAAGCAGUUUGUGCGUGCUUACCAAAUUAUAUUGGAAAUCCACCUAAUUGUCGCCCCGAAUGUAUUCAAAGCUCAGACUGUGCUCCAUCGCGUGCAUGUAUUAAUCAAAAAUGUGAAGAUCCAUGCCCGGGAUCAUGUGGAAGUAAUGCUAUCUGUAAUGUUAUAAAACAUAAUCCUAUCUGCAGUUGUCCUGACAGAUACACUGGUUCUCCGUUCUCCCAUUGCUAUGUAUUUGUUCCUGAAGAACUACCACCGUCUGACCCAUGUGUACCUUCCCCAUGCGGACAGAAUAGUAUUUGCAAACCAACUAACGGCGGUUCAUCUUAUGUAUGUACAUGUCAGCCGACAUUUGAAGGUACUCCGCCACAGUGUCGUCGAGAAUGUACAAGCAAUGAUGAUUGUUCAAUGGACAAAGCAUGCAUAAACUAUAAAUGUAAAGACCCCUGUCCAGGAUCUUGUGGACUCAACACAGUAUGCAUUGUACGGCUGCAUAGUCCCAUGUGUUCCUGUGAAGAAAGUUAUACUGGUGAUCCGUUCACAGCAUGUCACAGAAUACCAUUGCCUGAACCGACAGACCCGUGUAAUCCGACGCCGUGUGGUGCUAAUGCCCAUUGUAAAGUUUCAAGAAACCAAGCUGCUGCAUGCAUAUGUGACCCAGAUUAUUAUGGAAAUCCUUACGAAGCAUGCAGGCCCGAAUGCGUUACACAAACAGAUUGUCCGUAUAACAAAGCAUGCUUAAAGAAUAAAUGUGUUGAUCCUUGUCCCGGGACGUGUGGUGUUUCAGCCGUGUGUCAAGUUAUCAACCACAUCCCAUCAUGUAGUUGUACACCAGGAUACACUGGAAAUCCUUACGCAUAUUGCCACAUUAUAAUCAACACUCCGGAACCAACCAAAGAUCCUUGUGUUCCAAACCCUUGCGGAAGCAAUUCACUUUGCAAUAACAACAAUGGACAUGUGGCUUGCUCAUGUCAGCCCGAUUUUCUGGGAAUUCCUCCAAAUUGCCGACCUGAAUGCACUGUUAACUCGGAGUGCGAAACUACAAAGAGUUGCUCAAGGCAGAAAUGUAUUAACCCAUGCCUAAAUACUUGUGGACAAAACGCUGAGUGUAGAGUAGUCAACCAUGCUCCUAUGUGCUCUUGCCGACCAGGUUUUAAAGGAGAUCCGUUCAUCAGAUGCGUAGUAGUUAACAAAACUCCACCACCUGAAGUGAAUCCAUGCGUACCAUCUCCCUGUGGACCAAACGCACUCUGCCAAAUUGUAAAUCAAGCACCUGUGUGCACUUGUAUUAACAACUACAUCGGAACGCCUCCAAACUGUAGGCCUGAAUGCACAGUAAACUCAGACUGUCCCAGUACUAUGGCUUGCAUGAAUCAAAAGUGUCGUGACCCUUGUCCCGGCUCGUGUGGACUACAGACCGUGUGUCAAGUUUAUCAACAUGCUGCUGUAUGUAGCUGUAGAGAGGGUUUCACUGGGAAUCCAUUCCAGAAUUGUUACAUCCAAGAACAUAUAGAAACCCAACCAACUGUAUAUGAUAAAUGCAAUCCCAGCCCUUGUGGAGCAAACGCUGACUGCACAGAUGGCCAAUGCACAUGUAGACAAAAAUAUUUCGGCAACCCCUACAUAAGCUGCCAGCCCGAAUGCACACACAAUUCUGACUGCGCGCCACACCUUUCAUGCAUUAAUAAUGAGUGUAAAAACCCAUGCGCAAAUAUUUGUGGUCAAGGUGCCGUUUGCGAAGUUUAUAAUCACAUACCAAUGUGUAGUUGUCCUUCUAAUACAACAGGAAAUGCAUUCUUCUCUUGCACUCCUAUUACAUCUAUAUCCAUCAGAAGAGACCCUUGCACGCCUUCACAUUGUGGACCAUACAGCGUAUGUCGAGCAAUAAAUGAGCAAGCAAUUUGCUCGUGUUUAAUGGGAUACAUUGGCGCACCACCUGCGUGUAGGCCGGAGUGCACUGUCGAUUCAGACUGUACAAGUUUAAUGGCCUGCUCCAAUCAGAAAUGUAAUAAUCCUUGCGCAGGCUCUUGUGGCCUUAACGCUGAAUGUAGAGUGCACAACCACAAGCCGAUAUGCUAUUGCCCUAAUCGCUUUACUGGUGAUCCAUUCACCAGAUGUUCCAUUGUUGUCGACCGUGAUCAACCACCAAGAAAGGCUCCAUGUGAACCAUCGCCCUGUGGUCCUAAUUCCAUCUGUCGAGCUGUAAAUGACGCGCCGUCCUGUUCCUGCUCAACAGGUUUCAUAGGAACACCUCCAUUCUGCCGUCCUGAAUGCGUUACAAACAGUGAAUGUACUUUCGAUAAGGCGUGUAUCAAUAACAAAUGUGUAGACCCAUGCCCUGGUGCUUGUGGACAAAAUGCCAUAUGUCGCGUCAUCAGUCAUUCACCUCAAUGUGUUUGCCAACCAGGAUACGAAGGAAACUCCUUUGAUCAAUGUCUACCAAUUAAAGUACCAGAUCGGAAACCACCCACCUCAACUCAACCAUGUGUUCCUAAUCCUUGCGGGCCAAACGCGAUUUGUCAAGAGCGUAACGAUGUGGGCAGCUGCACAUGUCUUAGUGGCUACUUCGGUAAUCCAUAUGAAGGUUGCCGGCCAGAAUGUUUAAUUAACUCUGAUUGUCCAGAAAAUCUCGCAUGCAUAAAUAACAAAUGUCAAAAUCCAUGCCCUGGCUUAUGUGGAUCAAAUACUCGGUGUGAAAUGGUCAAUCAUUAUCCUAUGUGCGUUUGCCUCGAUCGAUACGUGGGAAAUCCUUAUGAUGGUUGCAUUUUGAGAGAAGAAUCACCUAUUGAUCCUUGCACCCCAUCUCCUUGUGGAGCAUACAGCACGUGCAAAGCAUUGAACGGUCAAGCUAUGUGCACAUGUUUACCACAAUAUUUCGGCAGCCCUCCUAAUUGUCGACCUGAGUGUGUAACGAAUCCGGAAUGUCCUCCAAACAAAGCUUGCAUAAGACAAAAAUGUGUAGAUCCAUGCAUUGGAACGUGCGGAGAAAAUUCACAAUGUCGAGUACAUUAUCAUAGUCCUUAUUGCACCUGUGCCCCUGGCUUUGAAGGAGAUCCAUUUGUUAGAUGCAUCAAACCAGUAGCAUCUCCACCACCAAAACCACCUGUAUGUGAACCUAGUCCUUGUGGUAGAUAUUCUACAUGCAGAGACGUUGCUGGAUCAGCUAUUUGUAGUUGUUUGCAAGGUUACACCGGUGCGCCACCAAACUGCGCACCCGAAUGUACGAUUAAUGAGGAUUGUUCUAAUGACAAGGCAUGUGUGCGAGAAAAGUGUGUCGACCCAUGUCGUGGGUCCUGCGGGACAUUUGCCGACUGUCGAGCAAUGAAUCAUCUCGCUGUUUGUACGUGCCCAGCUGGUUAUAGCGGCAAUCCGUUUGUCAAUUGCUAUCCGUUUAAUGAACCUCAAAAAGAUUUACCGCUAGAUCCCUGUGCGCAAUCUCCAUGUGGAAUCAAUGCAAUUUGUUCUAACGGUUCUUGUUCAUGCAUUUCCGGAUAUCAAGGAAACCCCUUCAUUGAAUGUCGGCCUGAAUGUAUAAACGAUAAUGAAUGCUCGAAACAACAGGCCUGUCUUAAAUAUAAAUGUGUCAACCCAUGCAAUAAUGCUUGUGGCUUAGAUGCAAUUUGUAACGUUUACAAUCACAUUGCGAUUUGCGAAUGUCCCGUUCCUCUAAAAGGCGAUCCAUUUAUUGCAUGUCGCCCUGUCAUAGCUCCAACGGUAACUGACCCAUGCACUCCAAAUCCAUGCGGUCCAAACAGCAUUUGCCGAGCACAGGGCACCGUGGCGCAUUGUUCUUGCCGGCCACCCGCGCUUUCCGAUCAGACCAGUUGUCGCCCCGAGUGCCGCACCGACUCCAACUGCCCAGCAGAUCGCGCCUGCCGAAAUAACAAAUGUCGCGACCCUUGUCCAGGCGUAUGUGGCCUCCGAGCUUUUUGCCAAACUAGAAUGCAUUCGCCUAUUUGCUCUUGUCCAAUAAACUUCAUUGGAGAUCCAUUUGUUCAUUGUUCACCAGCACCCACAGACGUAGAGUCUAAGGUUGUCACACGAUGUCCCGACUGCGGACCGAACGCAGACUGCAUUGAUGGCCAAUGUCGAUGCCGAUCGAAUUACUUUGGAGCGCCUCCUUUAUGUCGCCCUGAAUGUCUGAGUUCCACUGACUGCGAAUGGCGCCUCACUUGCGUCAAUCGUCGCUGCAUAGACCCUUGCCCCGGCGCGUGCGGUCGUGGCGCGAUCUGUUCGCCUGUCUCCCAUGAACCUCGCUGCGAAUGUUCCCCCUCUACUACUGGAAACCCUCUUGUUGAAUGUCGUCCAAUUAGUGAUAUCCAGAAACCAAAAGACGAUCCUUGCUAUCCGUCACCCUGCGGGCCUGGGGCGAUCUGUCGCACCAGAGGCACAGGCGCAUCUUGCGAAUGUGAACCAGGUCUCCGCGGUGACCCGUAUACGGGUUGCCGACCGGAAUGUUUGGCGGACUCGGACUGUUCACCUUCGCGCGCUUGCGUACGUUCUCACUGUCGUGACCCUUGCAUCGGCAGUUGCGGCAUAGGAGCAGAUUGCGAAACUUUCAACCACCUACCAACUUGUUCUUGUCCACCGGGAACAAGGGGCAAUCCUUUUGUACGAUGUGAAGAAGUGCUCAAAUCGGUGCCGCCGUGCGAUCCAUCCCCUUGUGGUCCAGGAGCUUUGUGCACUGCCGUCGGUGAAAAUGCGGUGUGCUCGUGCCCGCAAGGUACCAGCGGCGAUGCAGCCGCAGGCGGCUGUCGACCCGAGUGCGUCGUCAGUUCAGAGUGCCCGCGCGAUCGUGCUUGUGUGCGAAACCGGUGCGUCGAUCCCUGCACCGGCGCAUGCGGCAACGGUGCAGAGUGUCGUGUGUUUGAUCAUGCGCCAAUUUGCUCCUGCCCACCACCAACAACUGGAAAUCCAUUCCUAGGAUGUAGACAGCUGGAUGUGCAACCCAGUAUGGGCCCAUGUGAUCCUAACCCAUGUGGACCACACGGAACAUGCCGCAACGGUUUCUGCACCUAUCCGGAAUGUGUUGUUAACGAUGACUGCUCUGGAGACCGCGCUUGCAUUAAUCAAAAAUGUACUGAUCCAUGCGUCGGAGCUUGUGGAUUAAAUGCGAUUUGUUCAGGCGUGCGGCACUCGGCGGUUUGCUCCUGUCCCAAUGGCUACACGGGCUCUCCAUUUGUACGUUGCGAACGAAUCAUCAUACCCAAACCCGCACCUGUACCAGAAUGCAUCAGAGAUGACCAGUGCGCCGACAAUGCCGCAUGCGUCGACUCUCGUUGCUCUCCUGUAUGCGGACCCUCAAAUUGCGGCCUCAACGCACGUUGCAUAGCUAGACAGCAUAGGGCUCGCUGUGCUUGCUUGCCAGGAUACGAAGGCGACGCCUAUACUGGCUGCUAUUCAGUGCAAUGUCACAGCAACAACGACUGCCCAUACGACGAGAGUUGCGAUGGUGGGUCUUGUGUAAAGGUGUGUCCGCGUAUUCGUUGUGGCACGGAGGCGCAUUGUGUCGCGCGUGGACACGUUGCCACGUGUGAAUGUGACAGCGGAGCUCGUGGCAACCCUUGGACGGCCUGCCAUAGAGCCGAAUGUACAGUAGACGACGACUGUGCCACGUGGCUGGCGUGCCGUGGAGGCACUUGUCAGAACCCUUGUCCCGGAGCUUGUGCGCCGGACGCGGUGUGCACUGUCACGCGCCAUUCACCUGUCUGCGAAUGCCCGCGCGGUACUGUAGGCAACCCGAACGUUGAAUGCCGACGAGUUGUUGAUGACGUGGAAUGUGAAACUGACGCUGGCUGCGGCUCCGAUUUGGCAUGUCUGCAAGGCAAAUGCAAGAAUCCUUGCGACGCUACGUCAUGCGGGAGAGGCGCUGUGUGCCGUGUCGCCAAUACUCUACCGUUCCGAACACUAGUAUGCGAAUGCCCUAAACCACUAACGGGUGACGCGUCCGUCCAAUGUAGUCCAAGAGGUGAAUGCAACGAAGACUCAGAGUGCGGCGACGAGGAGACGUGUUCCUCAAAGCGGUGCGUCCCGGUGUGCGGGCCCGGCGCGUGCGGCGUGGGCGCCGAGUGCCGCGGCCGCGCGCAUCGCGCCUCCUGUACUUGCGUGCCGCCGUUACAGGGCGAUUCUCGAGUUGCGUGUUUGCCAGGCCUUCCAGACGUUCAAUGCACAACGGAUUCAGAAUGCGGCUCCGCGGAAGCGUGUGUAAAUCGGCAAUGCGUGUCAGCGUGCGCUGGAGCGUGCGGCACCGGCGCCUUGUGUGAGGCCUUGCAACACCGCGCGCGCUGCCACUGCCCGCCCGGAACAGCCGGAGACCCAGCCCGCACUUGUUAUACACCUGAGUGCACAUCCGAUGACAAUUGUCCAUUCGACAAGACCUGCAUUAACGGAUACUGCCAAGACCCAUGCAUACUGGGAUCACCUUGCGGUCGGGAUGCUACGUGCGAGGCCAUCGCUCACGUGGCUACGUGCCGCUGCCCGGCGGGAACACAGGGCGACCCACGACGAGCUUGCAUCUCCGCCGUCUGCCACUAUAACGAAGACUGUGAUGAUACGCAGAUCUGCGACCGCCUCAAUAGAGUUUGCCGCCCCGCUUGUUCCGACAGCGCUUGCGCGCCUGGAGCACUAUGUACAGCUCAAAGACAUCGCCCGGUCUGCUCGUGUCCACCUGGGCGCUCCGGUGAUCCUUACUCGCUUGGUUGUGCCUCUUACGACGUCGGCCCCGAAUGCACAAGCGACUCCGAUUGCUCGGGUCCACUAGCGUGCGUUAACACUCGCUGCGUAGAUCUGUGUGUGGGCAACCCAUGCGAAACCGGGCUUGUGUGUAAAACGGUCGAUGUAUUGCCAUUGCGCGCUGUGGCUUGUGUCUGUCCGGAUGGAGGACGUGUGGCCCCCGAUAGUGGCUGCCGCGCGCCACCCGAUGCAGAGUGCUCAGCAGACUCAGACUGCGCGAAUAGUCAAACUUGUCGCCGCGGCAGCUGUGUCGAAGCUUGCAGAGCCGACCCGUGUGGACUCAACGCCCUUUGCGAAUCUAUCGACCAUGCCUCCCGUUGUUCAUGUCCACCUGAAUACACUGGAAACCCGAGAACAGAAUGCAACUUAGAACCCAGACUGCCAUCUAUAUGGGAAUGUUACAACGAUGACGAAUGCGGCCCAGAGCGUGCCUGCGAGGAUCGUCGAUGCAUAAACCCAUGUAGCUCUGCUUGUGGCAAAGGCGCACUGUGUCGAGUUAUUGACCACAAGGCGCAAUGUUCUUGCCCUAGAGGAUUUUCUGGUGAUGCUCGUGUUAGAUGUCAACCACCAUCAGACGUUCAAGUGGUUCCAGUGGGAUGCAAGGCCAACUCGGACUGUCCCCUGUCUCAAGCGUGCAUAAAUGGCGCUUGCGCUGAACCGUGCGCGUGUGGAUCACAUGCAGAGUGCAAUGUUGUACGACACCAUCCCGUAUGUUACUGCGAAGCAGGCUACUCUGGCAACCCGUACAUCGGAUGCACUAAAGUUGGAUGUUCAUCAGACUCUGAAUGUCCUGACAGCGAUACAUGCUACAACAGCGCUUGCGUCAAUCCUUGUAUUGUUGAGGCUCCAUGCUCCAUAAGCGCCGAAUGUUUCGGGCGAAAUCACCGAGGAAACUGUCGCUGUCCAGCUGGCACAAAUGGCAAUCCAUACACCAGAUGUCAACCAGUAGAAUGCGAAAUUAAUGCCGAUUGCAAUGAUGACAGCGUUUGCAUGAAAGGAGUUUGCCGACAUGCCUGUUCUACAGAAGGGCGCAGUGCAUGCGCAAGUAAUGCAGAGUGCUUCGCACGAAACCACGCUGCAUCUUGUAAGUGUCCUCCAGCACUCCCUAUAGGCGAUCCUCUAACAAACUGCGAAAAAGUCAUCAUUGGGCCUGAAUGCAUAAUGGACAGCGAUUGCCCAAGUGGCCAAGCAUGCCUCAGAGAUCAAUGUCGUGAAGCUUGCGCAGAAUUACAACCAUGCCAGGCUAAUGCAAGAUGCACCGUAUCGAAUAGUGUACCUUUCCGCACAUUGAUAUGCCGUUGUGCUGAAGGCUACAUUCCGGAUGUCGGCGGCGCCUGCAGACCUACACAACUUCCUGCUCCCAGUUGUUCGUCUGACGAUGAGUGCAGCGAUAAUGAAUCAUGCGUUAACAGAAUUUGUCGGAACCCAUGUAAUUGUGGAGAAAAUGCAGAGUGCUUUGUACGCAAUCAUCGUCCGGCGUGCUCAUGCCGCGAGGGCUUUGACGGAAAUCCUUAUCAAACUUGCCGCACUGUUGGUUGUCGCUCCAACUCAGAAUGUGAAUCAAAUCAAGCAUGUGUGAAUGGAAAUUGUGUUAGCCCAUGCUUAUUGAAUAGCAACUGUGGACCAAAUGCUGAUUGUUACGUCGAAAGAAAUCAACCACUCUGCCGCUGUCGACCUGGAUUCGAAGGAGACGCAUAUGAAGGAUGUAAUGCGAUAGAAUGUAGAUCAAAUGGAGAUUGUCCUCUAGACAAAGAAUGCCGCGGCCACAGAUGCAUUAACCCAUGUUACUCGAAAACUAAUUGCGGAAACAACGCAGUUUGCUUAGUGCGCAAUCAUAUUGCAGUGUGUAAAUGUGAACAAGGAUUUAUUGGAAGUCCCUAUGUAGAAUGUAAACCUGAAAUUAUAGCAGAAUGUUUCGUUGAUGCAGAUUGCCCACCUAAAGCAGCAUGCUUAUCAUCGAGAUGUGUUAAUCCUUGUUCAGUGCUUAAACCAUGCGCCACACCGGCGCAGUGUGAAGUCUCACCCACAUUGCCUGUUCGCACUAUGAUCUGUACCUGUCCACCUGGUUACAUUAGCAGCGGAGGAGGCUUAUGCCGCCCAUUCACUACUUUUUCGGACGUCGCUUGUGAAAUUGAUACUAACUGCACGUCUAAUCACGCCUGCAUAUCUUCGGUUUGUCAGAAUCCAUGUGAAUGUGGUCCAAACACAGAUUGCCAAAUUAAGAAUCAUAAGCCAGUAUGCGCUUGUCGACCAGGAUUCAUCGGCGAUGCUCGCACUGGGUGCUACGAUGUUCUUUGCCGAUCAGACUCACAAUGUUCAGACGACGAAACUUGCAUCAAUAACCGCUGUAUUCCAGCUUGUUCAGUGGACGGCGAAAUAUGUGGAACAUCGGCCGAAUGUUACGGAACCAACCAUAGAGCUUCGUGUCGCUGUAAAAUUGGAACUACCGGUAACCCGUCUAUCGGCUGUACGCCUAUCGGUUGUAGGGCGAACUCGGACUGCCCGUCGGAUAGAUUAUGUGUUAACUCACAGUGCAUAGAACCCUGUACAGCAAACACCUGCGAACAACCUGCAAAGUGCAGGGUACAUCUUCACGAGGUGCACUGUGUCUGUCCACCCAGUUACCAGAGUACAGACCAAGGCUGCACUAAAACGACGAAACCCCAGUGCACUACCGAUUCAGAAUGUUCAGCAGGAACCGCGUGUCUGAAUGCUAAGUGCGUCGAACCUUGUACCGAGACAAGCCCGUGUGGAAAUAACGCAGAAUGUAGAGUGGUCGACUCGCUUCCUGUUAGGACAAUGGUUUGCGAAUGCUUACCAGGAUAUAGAGGAAAUGCUUUAGUGGAAUGCACACCAAAUAUACCACCUACUGCGGUAUGCAUAGAAGGACAAGCAAUGGAUGCGAACGGUGAAUGCGUUCCAUGCCGCGAGUCAGAGGGCCGCAUUGUGGACUCACGCGGACGCUGCGUAUGUGACGCAAGUCGCGGCCUUGUUCUGCGUGGCGACGAGUGCCUGCCUAUUGCGGGCUGUCGCUCCGACACCGACUGCGACGACCGCGCCACAUGUCGCAACAGCAUCUGCAUACCAGCCUGCGAUGCUGAGCCCUGCGGAUUACACGCCAUCUGCACCGCACAGGGGCAUCGCUCCAUUUGCACAUGUGCCAACGGUUACACCGGAAACCCGAAAGAACACUGCAACGCUACCACUCCUAACUAUCGUACGGACUUCCCAUUGCCGGACAUGCAAGUGCAUUGUCUCGCUGACGCUGUAAAAGUGAGCCUGAAGAUCAAGGACUUUAAUGGAGUUUUGUACGUAAAGGGAUACAGCAAAGAUGAACGCUGUAGACUAGUUGUACAUAUUCCCGAGCACGAAGAACUUAUUGAUUUCACUGUGCACUUUGGAGAUUGCGGUUUGGUGCACGUUAAUGGCAUGGCCAGCUUCGUGCUCGUGAUGCAGAUUCACCCAACACUACUAACAUCAAACGCAAAGGCAUUCCACAUCAAGUGUAUAUACCAGACGGGUGAAAAGAACGUAACGCUGGCGUUCAAUGUGUCCAUGUUGACUACAGCUGGUACAAUCGCAAAUACUGGCCCACCACCCACGUGUUCAAUGCGCAUCGUCUCAAGGACUGGUGACGAAGUUAGCUCUGCAGAGAUCGGAGAGAACCUCGUCUUACAAGUUGAUGUCCAACCGUCAAGUAUCUACGGCGGUUUUGCACGCAGCUGUAUCGCGAAGACGAGCGAAGCAUCGACGAACGUGGAGAACGAGUACACGGUGACAGACGCGGACGGCUGCGCCACUGACGCCACCAUUUUCAACGAUUGGGAACGCAGCGAGGACGGCAGUGCGCUACGCGCCGCCUUCAAUGCUUUCAAAUUCCCAAGCAGCGACAACAUACGCUUCCAGUGCAACAUACGAGUCUGCUUUGGAAAAUGUCAACCGGUUAAUUGCCGCGGCGCUGAUGCUUACGGCAAACGAAGAAAACGAGAAGCGAUCGACACCGAUGGCCCUCUGUCGACCAGAGAGGACCAAAUUCGAGAAGAAGUUAAGGUCGAAUCGAAUCAGAUAUUGACAUUAGAAAGACGCGAUCCGUCGCGUGUUGCACGUCAGCGCGAUGCGUCCGGCGGCAGCGGGGACCCGGCGGCGGGCGCCGGCGAGGUGUGCGUGUCAGCGGCCGGGCUGGCGGUGGCGUUAGCGCUGACGGCUCUGCUAGCGCUCGUGGCGGUAGCGGCGGCCGUGGCGUGCUGGCUGGUGGCGUGGCGACGCGCGAGGCCUCCGCCUGCGCCACUACCACACCCGCCUGACUUCCCGAACCCUCUGUUCCAGCGCUAAGACACACUACUACUAGUCCUCGCCCCGCUCCUCCGCCGGCGCUGGGCGGUGUCGGCUCCUUUCUUCUUACUCACUUAGCUUUAAUAUAUGCGCGCCGUCGGAGGACCGCCGGGCAAGGGCGCCGGGAGCGCCGCGCGGCUUGAAACCGCGCCCCUCGCUCGCGCUACCAGCGCCCUUUUUAGAUUUAUAUUGUAUCUAUAUUAACGUAGAAUCGUAAAAUCCUUCGAAUUUUGUGAUAUUCAUAAAACAUAAUAUACACUGAAAGGAAUCACCAGAUUUUUAUGUAAAAUAAACUUAGGUUAGGAAAAAUAAACAAUUAAUAAAUAA